AUGCUGACGCUGCUCAGGUAAGAAGGCGCGCUUUCGGCUGCGCUCCUGCACCUUGUUGGGACUCAGGAGGCACGGCGGUCACGCGCGGUCCGUCCCCGCCCCCCCCCCCCCGCGAAGAGGAAUAUUUAUAUUUAUUUUGAAGAAUUUCAACUUAAGGAGAGCAUAUUGAUAUUUUGAAUAAACGAACACUUAAAAUAGCUCACACCUAAGCUAAAAAGGUGUGAGCUAAAAAGCUUCUGAAUAUACUUUCCAUAUGUUUAUAAACCACCUUUCUUCAUCAUGAAACCUAAGUUGGCAUGCAUAUGCUUUACAGACACUGACCAGACCCAAACCUGCUUAGGUUUACCUAAAUGGUGACUUCACCUGCCUUCAGACCAGCCAGUAGAGGGACCUGUGGCCUUCUUCAUGCAAGGUUGACACCCAAAGAGAAAUGCUACCUGUAGCAGACAGAAGGCAGUGUUCCCAUGUUGCCACCCACAAAGCUUUUUGCCAUGACUGAAUCUGCUUGGUGAAUAAGUUGCUGCUACUGAGCGUUAUUCAUUUCUAAAGCAUUGCUUUUGCAAUAUAGGAAGCAGUCUCAAGUCAAACCAUUGACCCAUCUCGUUCCAUAUUAUCAGUGUCAAGGAUGAGCAGACUUCAGACUUAUUGGAUCUUCUUUGGGGUAUUUCUACUAGAACUCAAAUUCUGCUAACCAGAGCCAUGUGCAAAAGACACAACAAGAAUGAAAGAACAGUGUGCCUUUGAGUCUCAGGAUUGCUUUUCGGUACUAGAACUGAAUUUAGCUCACAGUACUUUUACACAAAAGUCUACUCUUGGUUUCUCAUGUCAGCAACCUGAUUCAGGUGGAGAAAAGUUGUUUUGUUGUUGCUAUCAUUUAGCAAUUGCAAUCCCUUGCCAAUCUCCUGCAAAUCAGCCAGAGAUCAGCCAGUAGGUUUCAGCCAGGAGCUCUUUCUCAGCCUUGCAUGGAGAUACAGUGGUACCUCGGGUUAAGAGCUUAAUUCAUUCUGGAGGUCUGUUCUUAACCUGAAACUGUUCUUAACUUGAGGUACCACUUUAGCUAAUGGGGCCUCCCACUGCUGCCACGCGAUUUCUGUUCUCAUCCUGAAGCAAAGUUCUUAACCUGAGGUACUAUUUCUGGGUUAGCAGAGUCUGUUACCUGAAGCGUCUGUAACCCAAGGUACCACUGUACUCGGGUUUGGAUGUGGGGCCCUUUGCAGACACAGAUGCAAAGCACACACUCUACCGCUGAGCAACAUCUUCACUGUUUACCCUUGUCUACCCAGCCAGUUGGAUAUGUGAGUCUUGCAGGGUUCUCUCUCCCAAAGUUGGUGUCAUGUGUAAAUUUUGCUACAGAUGGAGAAGCCAUGUCUCGCAAAGAAAACAGAAUAUUUAGGGUUGGGUCUGUUGUCAUGUUUCCUGUUGCUGAUCUUUAAAAACUUCCUCUUUGAGUUAAUGCCCUUGGAAACUUUGCAACAGAAUAGGUUAUAUGCAGUUUUGCUUGGGUGAGUUGAGAGUUCAGUAAACAGAAAGCUAGAUUCCUGUUUUUAACUCUUGUCAGGGAAUUACCUUUUUAAAAGAAUGAAAUGGAGAACUCGUGUCACUGUAACUUUUGUAUGAACUUACAGAAUCACUUCAAAAACCCAUUGUGUGAAUGGAGAACAGUUUGCUGGAAUUGGCUCGUGUUACUUGACCCGUUCCUACACCUUUUAUGCCCAGAUAGAACAGAAAGUUUUCAGUCCUGUACAGUAUGUGCCUGUUUGGAAAUGCCCCCUUAGCUUGGAAUAACUCACAUUGAAGCCAGUGAGGUGUAGUGGUUAGUGUGUUAGACUAGGACCUGGCAGACCAGGGUUCAAAUCCCCAUUCAGCCAUUAAGCUCACUGGGUGACUUUGAGCCUUGGGCCUGUUCGUUUCUCAGCCUAACCUACCUCAAAGGUAGGAAGAAAAAAUGGAAGCAGGUGAACCAUGUGCAGCCAUGUGAUUCCUGUAGAGGGCAGCAUUCCUACAACAAAAGUUCUGGUCUUGUUUGUAGUGAGGAGCUGUUGUGGCAGUGGUGGACUUCGGGCUCUCAAAUUUCAGCACGCCCUGUGUGACACAAAAAUCCAUCUCUUGUGCUCUAUUCUACAGCAUUGUUUUCACAUACCCUGCAGGGUAGCACCCAGUGUUACCACACUAGUCGUACCACCCUAAAACCACUUUUGGUUGCAGGAGGGCUAGCAGCAUUUCCCCUCCUUGCUUUUCAUUUUAAAGUGGUGUGCCUUUUGCUUUUCUAUAAAAGUGGAGGAAGAAUAUCACUCCAGACUACAUCAUGCCAGUUCUAAAUUCCAGGAGCAUUAGAUCAUUUUGAGUUAAUUACCACAGGAGGUGAAUGAAAGGUCACUAAACAAUGAAAUCAUUUGGGGCUUUUCCUAUCAACAGAUUGCUUGCAAGCAUAAUUACAAAAUUGCAUUGUUUCCUCAGAAGAAUGUGCAUUUACACAGGGAAAGGCUGUAGCACCAUAGCUAUAUGGUUUAUAGAAUUUCCUACAGAAUCUGCAAGGUCUAGUGGUUAUUCUCAAGCAAAUGCGUUUAGCAUCAGGACAGCAGAAGCAAGCUCCAUUCUAUUCUUGUAGUCAUGAAGGUACUAAGUGAGCCAUCAUGGCGUAAGGGUUAGAGUGUGGGCCUAGGGCCUAGGACCUAGGAGACAUGGGGUUAAAAUCCCCAUUCAGCUGUGAAGCUCACUGUGUGUCCUUGGGCCCAGUCACUUUCUCUCAGCCUAACCUAUCUCAUAGGGUUACUGUGAGGGUAAAAGUGUGGGUUAUUAGCCAAUAUUAGUCCUGUUCAGAGAAGACCCAUGGAAGUUGAUGGACUUGACUAACUUAAAAUACAUUGAUUUCAAUGGCAAGUCCAUCAACUUCCAUGGGUCUUCUCUGACAAUGGAGGAGUGCGACUUUGUGGGAGAAGUCAAACUGUUGGAAGGUUGCAGCAUGGUUGUAGAGGCAAAUAUGAGAGAGACAUGUUUUAUUGCAGGCAGAUGAAGGCAUCCAUUUGUGCUGCUUCAGAUGCACCAUGGCAUUUCAAAUCUAGGGUGUAUAGGGCCAGGUUUGAAAGUCCAGUCACUAUGCCUGAGCUCGGGUUGUUAUCAGAGAAUUCACUAGUUCUUUCUCCAUUUUCUCUCUUCUUUUCACUUCCCGCAGUCAGUAAAUAAGAAUAUUCUCUCAUUCAUGUUAUCUGCUAUAUACCCUACAUACCAUUUGCUCUUUCCUUUGGGUUUUCAAAAAAAAAAAAGUUUUUUCUAUAUUCUAAAAUUAGACAGUUAAAUUUAAUAGUGGUUUUGGGAAAGUCCCUUUCAUCAUUGUCACUUGCUCUGCCAAGAGCUGAAAGUGAUACUUACUUGCCUUGGGCAGUUUAGCAUUGCCUGGAAAGCACCCUAGAACCACCACUUCACUUUGGGUCAGUUUAAAAACAUAAGCAGAGUAUAGCAGGAUCAGACUUAAGGUCCAGACAUGAUAGAGGUGUGUAUACUUAUGCACAGUGUGGGGAAAAUAGAGUCUCUCAUAAUGAUGGAAGCUGGGAUCAUCCAGGGAACCUCAGUGUUGGAAGAUUCAGAAGAAACAAAAGGAAGUCCUUGGAGCAAGUCUGCCUUCUUUCUCCACCCUUUUAACCUCCAAACCCAGAGCCUCUGGCGAUCAUUACUAACAGGCAGAGAUACAAGUCAAAAACAUUACAGUACUCUGAACUGGCCCCAGCAAGAACACAAAAACUGAUAGCCAGUGCUGACAACCUCCUUUUAAUAUGCUAGCAUUUUAGGCAUAUAAUCUUAAUGUUGCUAAAUAAUGGCAUGAAAUUGGAACUGUGGAAGGUGUUCCUAGCGUGUUGAUUAAGGCUAUAUAGGAUGAUAUGUACUAAGGCAGGGCUGGGGAAUCUCAAGCCCAGGAGCCAAAUGCAGCCCUUAAUGCCUCCCUGUCCAGACCCCUUGUCUCUCCAUAGCCCCACCACCUUUGUCAUUCCUUCUCUACCCCAGGUGUGGGGAAUCUUUGGUCCUCCAGGUGUCUCUGAGCUACAACUCUCAUGUAGUUGCACACUUCUCUCUCCUUCUCUCUCUGUCUCUGUCUCUGUCUCUGUCUCUGUGUGUUUGUGUGUGUAAUCUCCGACUUUUGCAGGGCUGGGAUGUAGUCAUGCCCAUUGCUCCACCCACUUUUUCUUCUAGCACUGCCCGCCACUGGCAUGCAGCCCCCAUGAAGAAUGUGACCUACAAAUUGAAAAGGGCUCGUUCCAGAACUGUGAGCUGUCGAAGAAGCUGGUGAACCACUACUGUGUCUUCAUUUUCCCUUAUGAGAGUAUCACAGCUCUUGCAUUUAUAGAAACCAGGGAAAGGUCUGGGAGUCCUAGUGCUUCUCAUGAAUCACCAGUGCUUCUUAAAUCAUCAAAGACUUCAUCCUGGAACUAGGUAGGUCUGGCACUUGAUGUUCUGAGGGUGUGGACGUUAACAAAGGUUUGUGGAUGUUAAUGAGGGGGUGUGGACAUUAAUGAGGCCCGUGUUCUUCCGAGGAGAUGGGAAGUAUGUGUUUCCACAUCUAGAUGACUUUGAAUAUAAAUAUUCUGCAUAUUUUGACUAAACGCAGCAAUGGACAGGCUUUGCUUGGUAAUGUUAAUAAAGUGCUUCAGGGUGGUCAAAGUAUGCUAUCUGUAUUACCAUGCUGUUGUCUGUACAGCAGCACUGUAAGCUUGGCUGAUGUUGUUAUUCCUGUUUUGCAGAUGGGGGGGCUAAGGUUGAGGGAGAGUGACUUGCCUAAGAGAGUUUAUAGUAGAGGUGAAAUAUGAACUGGGAAUGUUCUGAUUCAUAACUGCAUCAUUAGGCUACAGUAGCAUAGCGUUUGUUUUUUGAAUUUAUAUAGUGCCCUUCUGUGAACGCUUGUAAAAAGCUUUGAAGUUUGUGAGCUCAUAGUUUGUGAGCUCUUAAUGGAUACAAUGCAAAAGGAGAAAGGGAUGGGGCGGGAAGAGGAAAACACACAAAUCCAAGUUCAUGUGAGUCUGCCAUAUAUGCAUCACAGCAUUGCAAGGACUCUCUGGGGUCUUUCAUUGCAAUCCUCUGGCAAGCAAUUAUGGGAAUUAAUCUUGUGACCUUCCGCAUGCAGAGCCUAUACUUUGCCAUUGAGUUUCAUAAUGACUAAGUGGAAGGGCCACUGCAAAAAGUCCGCACUGGGAUGGGAGGAGCCUAUCCCACUAAACCAGCACAGGGGGCUUCACUGUCUUGCUUCUCCCUCUGAUGGAGCCAGGUGGAAUGGAUGCUGAUGGAGGCAGUUCUGGGAGGGUAGGUGCUAAAAAGGUAGUCCUGCCAAGUCAGCCACGAGGCACCACUGUUUUACUUCUCCUUCUUGAUUUACAUUUGGAGGGCUCAGUCCUUGAACUAAACAUGAUUGCAUGGGUGCAAAGCUUUUUUUUUUUUUGCAUAAAGCAUUCAUAAGGGGCAGCUCAAAUGGGCAGGAGCUGAACAUGGUUCAUAUUUUGCUACUGCAUAGUAUCAGAUCAGACUGCAGAUUGUGAUGCAUGUAAAUGAAUGGUGCUCCAUAUUAAUCACACACUACUAUGCAUGCAAAAACUAACAUGUCAUGGAAGAAACCAUAGGCAAGGCUUCUGAACAAUACACUUGGCCAGCCUGGUGUCCUCCAGAUGCUUUGAACUUCAACUCCCAUUGGCCCCUGACCAAUGAAGCUGUGGGCACCAUGUUGGAGGAGGCUGCUGUUGGCUGCAGUACACCUAAAUGCAUGAGCUCACAGCUGCUGAUGGGAAGCAUACCUGUGAAUAGGUGAAGGUGGCAGCCCUUCCAGGCCUGAACAGCUCAUUGUCACUUUAAUUGCUUGGUGCAUCAUUUCAUGCUCAUCUUCUCUGUGCAGAGGCAAAUAACAAAGAUCAACAAGGCACUGUAGCAUAGGUCUGUCCUCAGUCUCUGUCAGAUCCAGACAAAUGAAGGUGCUGCCCAACCUGAAUAACCAGAAUGACACAUAAAGAGUUCACCAGAACACCUUCCUAGCAUUCCCACAGGCUUUCUGAACAGUGAUGUGCAAUGGCUGUGGUAUUUGGUGGCCUACAUGCUGCUUAUUUGCAAUGUUUUGCCACCUGAUACUCUGACUCAUUUAUUUCUUACUCAGAAAUACAUUGCUCAUCCACAAUAUUAUCCUUUCUGAAUGUUGUUGAUGGGACCAACUCAAUUAAUCUAUACCCCACACUGGCAUUUGCAUAACAUUUUCUUUCACUGAAACUCAUACCUAUUGAUAUUUUUUUCCCCAAAUCUGGGCACCUUUUUUAAAAGUAUAUUUUCUUCAAACUUUCAAGAGUCAAUGAACCCACAAAAGGCUGAAUCCUUUAUUAAAGAUGUAACACCUGACAGUUGGGUUUUUUUAAAAAAGGAAUUGCAAUGCGUUGCUGUUUGGUUUCUGGUGUCCUGGCCAGAUCCCAUGUUGAGAUAUAAUAUUUUGUUACAUUUCUGUUCUUCAGUCACGUUGCUGUUCUUCAGUCAGUCAAGCCAUUUUGCACACAGCAGGCUUGUAUUUAACAACUCACCUGGUAGUUGACAAUGAAUUCAGAGCAGGAGAGUGAAUGGGUUGGUGGAGGAGAGAUAGAUCAUAGGAAUGUAGGAAGCUGCUUUAAAAUGAGUGAGACCAUUGACUUAGCUUUGUCUUCACUGCUCAGCAGCAGCUCUCCAAGAACAUUUUUUCUUCAAUAGUAAUAAUAAUUUUUAUUAUUAUUAUUUAUACCCUGCCCAUCUGGCUGGGUUUCCUCAGCCACUCUUUAUGCUUCUGAAGCCAGUGCAGGACAAGCUGGUGCAUAGAAAAUGAAUACAACGGUGCAGCCUACUCUCUACAUUCUGUAGAAUUAAACGAUGAAACUGUUGCUGCGAGCUAGCCUGCAAGUGGCCGGCCAGCAAUUUCAGCCUUCAGGUGGGACUUCAUACUAGGGCUGGGCAGGAGGUAGAUCAGGGCUUACUGGUAGAUAUUUGGGUGAAACCCCAUCAGCUGCCCCCGGGUGCCAAAUGUUUACCAGGCUUGGCUACCUCCUUUAUUUCAUUGGCAAUCCAGAGUUACUAGUACAGUGGUACCUUGGUACUCGAACGGCUUGGCUCCCAAAUGCCACAAACCUGGAAGAAAGUGUUCCGGUUUGUGAACAUUUUUCAGAAGCUGAACAUCCAACACGGCUUCCACUUGAAUGCAGGAAGCUGCUGCAGCCAAUCAAAAGCUGCACCUUGGUUUUCGAAUGGUUUCAGGAGUCGAAUGGUCUCCCGGAACAGAUUAAGUUUGAGAACCAAGGUACCACUGUAGUCACAUUCUUUCAGUGCAAUGCCUUUGAAUUAUUAUUAUUAUUACUAAUAAUAAUAAUUUAUUUAUACCCCACAUUUGGUUGUGUUGUCCCAGCCACUCUAGGCGGCUUCCAACACAUAUAAAAACAUAAUAAAACAUCAAACAUUAAUAGUAACAAUCUGAUCCAAUAUAAAAAAGUCAUAAUAACUUAAAUAUAAACAACUUAUACCAAAUAAAACAAUAUUCAAUAAUACAUUUUAAUCCAAUAGUAAACACAUCAGCAAAUAAUAAUUAAACAGUUUACACUUAUCAAUUACAAUAAAGAAUUGCUAAUCUAUAAUCAAUAAAAGUAACAGCAAGACACAGAGAAUAAAUUACCACAAAACAUAAAAAUCAUGUAAAAGGGUCAAAUUGAGAAACAAGGACAGACAACUUAUAAUAUUUUUAAAAAAUAUCUCUGAACGCCUCUCUUCCCAGCUGCUUCUGCUGUUCUCAAAGUCAUGGUCUGGGAAAGGCUUCCUGGGCUGGAGGGUGGGUCAAGGCAGGUGGAAAAGCCCUUGCCUGUUGGCCAGCAGAAAGUCUCUCUCCCCUCCAGAAAUGGAAAGAAAACAUUAAAAAAUAAAUAAUGCAACAGCCAAAAGAGUGGAGUAAGAGUUUGUGUCCUUUUUCUUUCCCCUGUCCUUUCUGUUCUUCUCUGCCAUUCUGUAAUUUUCUCUAUUCUCAUACCCUUGGUAAUUGAGUGGCAUGUGGGUCAGGUUUACAUUUAAUGCUGCUGCUUGCAAUGUUCACUUCUACCCAUUUUUUUAAAAAAAAAAAUUCAAGUGGUGGGGGGGCAAGUUUGCCUUGAUACGCUUGAUGUGUGGAGUUUUUUCCUCACAUCCUACCAUAGCAUUGUCUGAAUUCCAUUUUCUUUUUGAAUUAACUAAUGAGGGCUUAUUACUGACAAAGAAACCAGAAUUCUCCCUUCUUGCAUGUUGUAUGAAUUUUUGCUAAAUGUGUUUUGCAGAAUGUCAGAAGGAAGGCAGACAUGGUUGAAAAUGAAGUCAUCUGUGGGCACGGAAGAGUUACAAUUGUAACUUAGCCUGGGGGGAAAAUUGGCCUCUGCCAGCAGCCAAUAAAGGAGGAGUUUGUGCAUCUGACUCAUAAUCAGCAGAGCACAAGAGUGCAUUGCAGAAGUGUGCUGGGUUGGAGAUACUCUCUUCUCUUCUCCAGAGCAGUUGACCGCUAUUAAGCCUGUGUAUUCACUGCUCACAUUAUUUGAGGUAAGUUUUAAUGCUCUCUUGCAAGUGUUCUCAUCUCACCCCACCCCAUAAGGGCUGAAGAAAUUGGGUUUUUUACGGAAUGGUGUUUUGCCUUGUUUUAGUGGGAGGUUGUUAAAGCAGGGGACAUCCCACAACAGGAGGUGACAAUGGGAUCUGCUGAAGGCUUUGUUUUGUUGUACCAACUAGUACUAGAAUGAGUCUGCAAAUUUUCAUGACUGUUGAAGGUACUUCUGAAGCAUAAUUGACGUACAAAAAUAAAACUCUGUAAUGUGGGAUAAGUUCUCAAAUGUCCCCCAAUGCUUGCUGGUCAGAUGAUAGUUAAACAAUUCGUGUUCCAAAAGAACACCAAACAUGCUGUUUCUCCCACUCUUUGCAUAGCUAUGGUAUGGGGUGGGGGGAUAAAAUCUGGCCUAAUGAGAAAGGGUCCUAUAACAAUUAUUUAUAUAUUUAUAUCUUUAAGAAGUCACUUUUCCGGCCCUUUCACUUUUAGCCCGAUUUGAAACUAAGUCUUUAUUCUGUAAAGCAAUGCUGAAAUGGAUUGCACAACAUGUCUUUUUGACUGCUGUCUGAUCCACACUUAUGACUUGGGCUGAUACAACCCAUUGAACUAAAUGGGAUUUACAUGAAAAGGAUUGUGCUGUCCCGGGCUGAUUUUAUUACAUUUCUCAAUUAAUUAAAUCCAUUGUUUGUGACAUAAUGCCAUGCCUUGGAUGGGUGCAGUUUGCAGAAUCAGAUCCUCCACUUUUCUUCUGGGGGCCUAGUUGCAUAGUUGCUGGUUUUAAACAAACUAAACAUCUUUGCAAUGCAUUUUACAUUAGUAGGUGAACAAGUUCUGUUUCCCACUGACAAUUCCUUUUGAAGAGAAAUGCCAAGUGAUCGCUUAGAAUAGGUACAAUGUGAAAGUGAAAGCAAACUUUGGCCUGCUAAACCAUAUUUUGGUCAGGGUUGAGGUCUUGGGUCAGCUCAGAUACAGUUUUUAUUUCAGCCCUAUCUCCAGAGCUGCUAGUUACACUUUCUGUUCUGCUUAGUUUCUAUUUGUUCUGCUCCACACACAUUCCACAUUGGGGGAAAAUCAAGAUGUUUGUGGACUUUGUCCCUGUUUCCAGCUUGCCUUAUGAACUUUUAUGGAUUUUAGUACAGAAAGGUAGCAUCAUAGAGGUGAUCUGGGAGGAAGUCCCAAGCAAGGAAGAAAGGGUGGAGCUGUUAGAAGGGAUCAGGAGCCCUUUGGAUUGUGGACCAAGUGGAACAAGUGAUGCAGAAAUCAUGGACAGGCGUGUAUUUAGAUAUAAUAACAAAGAGAUAAAGUGGUGGCAAAGACAUAGUGGAAUUCAAAGUUAAGGACAUAGAACUAGUGCUGUAUCUGGGAACAGCCAAGAAGAGAGUGUGGCAUGACCAGGAUAAUGAGAGAGUUCAAUGAUUUGGAUAGCAGAGUUCAGGUUAGAUGUGAGGAGGCCAGAGUGAAGAUUGCAGUAUUCUACGAGAGAGGUGGCUGGAGCAUGCACCAGGGCUUUUGAGAAAGGGUUAUGUUUUUCCUGUGUUGUAAUUGAAGAAGCAGCACGUCUUGGCUACAGACUGAAUGUGUGGAUAAAAGAGAGGAGUGAAAGAUAAAGCAAGGCUAUGUGCUUCUUCAGCAGAGCAAAACAGAUUAAAAGAACGACAACAAUCUUUGGCUUUGCCAAUUUCACUGCAUCUUUUUCUUUUUUUAAAAAACCCAACUAUGGCUAGAAAUAUUUCAUAAGCAAGUCACAUUUUAAAAUAGCCUUAUUUCCGAGAAGGUAUGAGGAAUUAGGCAGAGUUAUAAAAACUGCUCCACUCUUGCUCACUCAACCAGAUGGCAAGGGUCCAGGGUUGAUGGGGGAACAGGGUUGUGGGGGUUCAAACUAGGACUUCACCUUGCAAGCUCUCAGGGAUAGUUAUGCAGUCAGGAUCUUUGUGUCCACUGGAGCCUAAAGCCUUGGAUUAUUUUCCUUUUAUCCACUUGAAAUCCUUGUAUGUUGUAGGAUGCUAUCUCUGGCUAAAUCUUACAGGAAGGAAAAUCAUUGUCAGGUUCUCAAAUGUUAAAGCUGGAAAUGUAACAAGCCAAAGGACAAUCAACCAGUUGUGUGUGAGCAUGAUUGAAUUCUGUGGCUAUUUUUGUGACAGCAAACUUGAUUGUGCCUGUGACAACAAUGGGCUGCAGAACUUGUGGCUCUCAGAUAUCGUUGGACUUCAACACCUAUCAGCCCCAGCCAUCAUGGCCAGUGGUCUUGGAUGAUGGGGGGUGCAGUCCAACAACACUUGGAGAGUUUCCCAUCCCUCUUCUAGUCCGGGAAAGCUGAUGCUGCAAUACAUCUCUUCUUCUUUAAAAUGCCACAAGACUCUUUGUUGCAACAGACUAGCAAGGCUAUGUGACUGGAAGUAAUACGGUUUGUACAAAGGUAAAAGCCUAGUUUGGGGAGCUGGUUUCCAUGGUCAUGUAAAUAAACACAAUGACAAAGAUUAUACCAAAAAGCUCGUAAACUGAAGGAAGAACAUCCAAGCUGUACAAAUUGGGAGCAUAGAGACAUCUUGAUUUAAUGAUGUGAUCAAGGCAGGUAAUCUAGGAUUAUACUUGCAGAGCUCAGAAAUGAACACAGCUUUUCCUUGUUCCAGUUUGGUAUCUCUCCCUGCUCCCUCCUGCAGAAAGCACUCGGUUCAAUCAAUGAGGCCUUAUCAUUUCCAUGUAGAAAACUGAUAUUGUAUGUGUGGGUAAAUGCAAUGUGAAAAGUGUACACAUGUCUGUUGUGCUACAAGUAUAUGCCAUAGGGAUUCGUCUUCAUUUGAGGCUUGCUGAUGCACAUGUAUGGCAUGAAAUAUGAUAUACAUGGGAUACAAAACAUACACUUCUCUAUGUAUCUUUGUAGGACAUUUUGCUUCGUGUGAAGCAGCUUUUCAGAGCUGCCUUAUAUAUCUGUCUAGCACUCUGCUUGAAACAGGGUGCACCCUAGGGCGUAUCCUCUGCAAUCCUCUACAAUAUACCAGGAUUCCCUGGCAGAUUUGUCAAUAUGGAAAAGAUUUUGAAUGGUGCAUAAACCUGUUGUGCCUGAAUGUUGCUUGUGCAACCCUAAAAUAUACUCAAUACCGUUCUGUUGUAUUGCUUUUUAUUUUAUUGUAAAUAGCAUGUUUUAUUGCUGUGAGUCACCUUGAGCUAUUGCGUAUGGAAAGAUAGGAUACAAAUGUAAAUGGUAGCAGAGGAAGAUCUGCCACUGACCAUUGAUGCUCAUUCCCAUUCAUGAAUAGGUGAACUUUGCAAAGCUUCCAAGGAGACCCUCAGUUCAGCCAACAGCACUUGAAAGCCACAGUCCUAAAUUCUCUAUUUUGAAGAAUAUUUAAUUUCAACCUGGCUUUCCUAACUCACUCAGCGAUGUCUGCAUAUAAUGCACUUAGGGAUUAAUGCUGCUUAAGUCCCUUUCUAUUUUUGGAACACACGACCUCAUUUAUUGAUGCUAUCUCUUAUCCAGCCCCAGAGGUAUUGCGUAGGAGUUUGCUGUCCCAUAACAUGUGGUGCUCCUCUGAUUCAUGCACCUGUUUCUACAUUCCUAAUUUGUAAGGGAUGACUCUCCUGCUCUAGUUCCAUGACAACAAGUUCCAUGAGAAUUAUGGACCAAGAUGUAUGCUGCAGAGGAUGAGGUGUCCCUGGCUUGUCCUUCAGUUUAUGCAGAGUUGGUCAUCUAAUAAUCACAUGAGCAAAUUAUGGCAGGCUUGGCCAGCCUGCUUCAACAUAGCCCCCUUCAGUUUACAACACCAGAAACAAAAAAAUCAUGCUGCUUCAACUAAGAGCCUCAAGCUACAUAUGAUAAUGCUCCUGACUCUGGAGUUCAACGGUUUGCACCCUAGGGAGUAAUUCAGGACUUUUUGUAUUGCAGUGUGAUAUGCUGGCAGUAGUGUUCUUUUAAAAACAAGCAAUCAGAACAAAAUGCUUCACUUCUCUGUUUCAGUCCUUUUCUAAACAUCGCAAAAUGUCAAACCUGAUGCCCAUCCUUUCCCAGAAAGAUCUGGAGAGUAUUUGCCUAACUAGGACGGGAUUUGGCUUUGCUCUCAAAGCCUUCCAUGCGCCUUCGAAUAUAGAUGUCUCCUUGAAGUUGUUGACUAGCCAGGAAACAACAGAGAGGUGGGUUUCCUGUUUGUUUGUUUGUUUGUUUGUUUGUUUGUUUCAUUCCUAGAAUGGGUGAUGACUUCUGCUGCUGCUUUGGAAAUAAGUGUGAAUUGCACAGAAGCAGAAUACUCUACAGUGGGGGGAAUGCACACAAAUAUGUAAUAUUGAGAAAGUGAAAGGAAGCAGAUAUGGUUAGGUAUGGAUUACUGGUACAAGGUUACAACAUAGGAGGCUGUAGCAUCACUGAAGGAUUUCAGACUAGAGUUUCCAAUCCAUACCUGGAUAUGCCAGCUUGAGACCUUUUGCAAGCAAAGAAUGUGCUCUACCACUAGGCUAAGGGAAAAUUUAAAAAUUAAAGUUACUGUCAGAAUUCAUGACAGCCACAUGCCAGUGAGAGGGGCAGGGAGCCAGAGGCAAAAGUGAGUGGAGCAACACACAGAUGUAUGGUAGGCUGCAUCCAGUCAGAAUUUCUGUACACACAAACAUGCACUCACCUCUCCAUCCUCCGUCCGUGAGAGUCCAAGAGCACAUUCCAACCGGGCAGAAGCCCUUGAGGAGGGGGCGGAGCAGUGCCAGCAAGAGGCGUGGCCUACAGAGGGGGUAUAGCCUGAGCAGAGUUCCAAGAGCCAAGUAGAGCAGCUUCGAGAGCCACCUUUGGCACUUGGGCCCAAGGUCUGCCACCCUUCACUUACAAUAUGGAAAGGAUUUAGAAACCGGUUGGGGGUGGGUCCCAAAUACUGAUUGUAGAUUACCUUCAGUAUUUGCUCCAGGGGUUGUUAAGGCACCCCUAAUGGAGUCAUCCUUUACCUGUGUGAUUAUAUUCAGGCACUAUAAAUUAACAGUGCACUUUUAGUACAUCCCAUACUGUAAACUUUCCCUGCCUCUCAGCCCCUAAGGCUAAUAGAAGCCCUGCUGCCAAGAGUCCAGAGGUGACCUAGUAACCACAGCACCCCUGGUUCAGGCAAAAAUGUGGAAUUAAUAGUUAACUGUAGACUUCUGAGUUUAAUUGCUGUGCACCACAAAGGUACUUUUGACAAGUACUUUUGCAGUAAUGAAUUAAUAUUCUCUCACUGAAUUCAUCAAUGAAAUAUUCAUUGCAUAACUGCUGUCUUUUGAUCCUUAUCAUGUCUGCAGAGAUUUAAAGGCACUUCUUCAAGAGGUAGCCAGCAUACAUUGCAUACAGUGCAACAGGCUCAUGCCUCCUGUUGGGAUCUACCAGUUCCAAGGAGUCCUUGGGGUGGCCACUGAAUGGAUGCAUAAUGGAUCUCUCAAUUUGCUCAUUCAUGAGGUAUGUAAGAGGCAGUGGAGUCUUUUUGUCAAGCCCUCCUUUAGCGGUUCCAAAGUAUCCUUUGUGAGUUUCUACUGAGCCCCUUUAUGUUGCUUGUACAGGGUAUACCGUAUUUUUCGCUCUAUAACACUCACCCGACCAUAACACGCACAUAGUUUUCAGAGGAGGAAAAUCCGUAGGCAUGCCACCCAUAGGCAUUCCCUCCAUAACACGCACAGACAUUUCCCCUUACUUUCUAGGAGGAAAAAAGUGAGUGUUAUGGUGCAAAAAAUACGGUAAUUCAUUUCUGCCUGCAUUUGUCUUCAGUAACAUGACACCCCGUUAUCUUUGCAGAUAGGGUAUUGUAACAGGGAAGGAGAGGGGUUUUUUAAAAAAAUGUUGGCGGCAAAUUCCAUCAUUUAAUUGUUCAUUCUGUAAAGGAACACUUUGGUACUGGUCAUUCUGAAUUAACCGCCAAUGAGAGCAAGGUUUAGGUUGCCUUGGUUGUGGGCUGGGGAGUGAACAAUUGGGAUAUGGAGGGGGGAUGUUUUGGGCUGGAGCCUCUAGGUUCUUCUCCAGCAGGCAUUUUAGGCUGCAAUUCUGUAUACACAUUCAACCUGGAGGUCAGUCCCACUUGUCUCAGAAACAAGCAUGUAUAGAAUUGCAUGGCCAACUGUGUUUUUUGGGGAGGGGCAUAAAAUUAUUUGCUGCUUGCUACAGAAGAAUCUCAAAAUGACUUGACACCACAAAAUGCAGAGCAAUGCAGCAUUUAAAACCAAACAUACUAAACUAAUCCCCUACUAAUUAUUAUUAGUAAAGGAACACAUCUUCCGCACACAACGUUAGCAUAAUCACCAAAAAAUAUCUGGCUAAAAUUUGUUCAGGACCCACAGUGAUAUUUACUUUGAAUUGGGUUGGAAAUGCAUGUUUUAAAUUGGGGUGUGGGUAGAGAAAGAGAGUCUGGUACUUUGCAGAUGUAGCUGGACUCCUAUCAGCCCAAACCAGAAUAAAUUAUGCUCAGGGAGGAUCGGAAUUGCAGUCCAUUUAACAUCUGAAGGAUGCUACACUGGCAAUCCCAUUUUUAAAUAGCGCAUUAGGUAAUAUUGAUACUAGUAAAGUAGUGAUAGAGCUGAACACUGACAUAAUGGCUUUGUGAACCUGUUUUUUGUUUAGCAUGAACUUUACCCAGAACUGCCUUUUCCUCUCUGUGUAAGAAUCCUAGCAGAUGUGACAGAGGGCCUAAGUUAUCUACACAGUUUGAAGCCUCCCGUCCUUCACCACAGCCUAAAACCUUCAAAUGUCCUACUAGAUCUGCAGUACAGAGCUAAGGUGGGUCUGUUUAAACAUUUACCGGCACACUCUAGAUGUUCUGGAAUACAACUCCCAUCAGCUUUAGCCAACACUGGAGUGUUGGCUGGGGUUGAUGGGAGUUGUAGUCCAAAGCAUCUGGGGGGCACUGCAUAGGAGAGGGCUGGGUCAGUUAAUAGCAUAUCCUAUUUCUUAAAUUUCACUUCUUUCUUUCAGAUAUCAGACUAUGGCCUAGCCACCUGGAGAAGGCAGCAACUAAGAUCUGUCUUACAGAACUGUAACAACAGAAGCUGUUGGGAUUUGCUUUAUCUCUCCCCAGAAAUACUUCAAGGGGGUAGCUUCUCACAAGAAGAUGAUGUUUACAGGUGAGUUUUUAUUUCAAAAACAGAAUCUCAUCCCUUGAUGGACCAAAGGCUGCGCCACUCGGGCUGAGAAAUGGUCUCCUCAGCACUGAGUCUUGCAUCUGUUCAAUACAAUGUGACCUUUUGAAUUUAUUCAGGUGGUUUAAUUUGCUAAAUUACUGCUGCUGUAUAAUGUUCUGGCUUUUAAAUGAAACUGCUGCUUUUGCCUAUACAGUCAUACCUCAUGUGCCGUCCGCUUCAUGUUAUGUUCUUUCAGGUUACGUCCCACAGCUACCCGGAAGUACCAGAAAGUGUUACUUCUGGGUUUCUCCACUCACGCAUGCGCAGCUACCCAGAAGUACCAGAAAGUGUUACUUCCGGGUUUCGCCGCUCAUGCAUGCGCAGAAGUGCAAAAUGAUGUCACACGCAUGCACAGAAGCGGUGAAUCGCAACCCACACAUGCGCAGAUGCGCCACUGCAGGUUGCACUCUUUUCAUGUUGUGAACGGGCCUCCAGAAUGGAUCCCGUUCGCAACCAGAGGUACCACUGUACCUUGCUUGUGCUUACAUUCCUAUUAUUUUUCUUUUUAAAAGUUAUUGUAAGACUGAAGGUUUUCCAUUGAAGUUGGAAGGAAGGGGCAUUAAACAUCUCAGUCCUGCAGUCCUGUGCAUUUACUUGAGAGUGAUGAGAAUUGAGUUCAAUGGGACAUUUCAGAGUAGACCUGCAAAGGCUUGCACUCAAUAAAAAGAAAGAAAGAAAUCAGAUGGAGCCUGACAAUAUGUGGUUUAAUAUCAUCAUUGUCAUCAUCAACAACUGUAUAUAUCACUUACUUCUAAGCAUUCUCUGGGUUAGCUAGAAGAUCAUAGUAACAUUUUCUGUGCAAUACCAAGAUACAAUUUCCUAAUACUGGCUACUUGUUUGAAUAACCUUUCUGUUUUUGUGGAAGGGCUGAGUGAUAAGGCAGCGUCCUGGAGCCCUUCCCAAGCUUUCGUGCAGAUGUAUACUUUAGAUAAACUGGAACUACUGGUCUUUUUAGUCAUAGGUGUUUUUUCUUUUCUUUUUUCUUUUGCUUUCCAUUUCCGGAUUCAGGGCUGUUAGCUUUUUCUUUCUUGACCACAGAAGAGUUUUACUGUUACAUUCUGGGGAAACUCAGGUGUAGACCAACACUUGUGGAAACUCAAGUUUUGAAAACAAUUGAAAUAAUUAUUUGGUCAAUGAUGAAAAAUGGAUUUUUCCAUGAAGCUUGUGAACCAACUAGUAUGGGUAGCAGAUAUUCCAAAGUAACAGACGUUUUUCUUUCCAUAUUUGUGCCUAGUUUUGGAAUGAUGUGCUGGGAAAUCCUAGUCAGACAGAAGCCAUUGAAAGGUAGGCAGCUGCAUGUAUGCCUUUCAUUGUAUUUUCCUCCUAGCUUCUUCCCCCUAAUAUAAAAGAAGUGCUGUUUAAUUUAACCUCCUCCUAUCUGGUUUGGUCCCUUCCUAAAUGCAAUCAUACUGGAAUAUUUUUCUGCUGGCUAUCAUUUGAAAAAGGAGCAGCUUCAAAUGCCUUCUGAGUCUUUUAAGGGCCAUGGCUACUGCUGCUUUUUAUUCUUUCCUGAUGGUUACAAAUCUGCAUCAAACAUCUAUAAGAUACAUCUCUAUCCUGGGGCUUAACCACACUUACCUUUUGCUGCACUCUUUCCAGGCAGAGGUCUGUCAUUAAUACUCUGUGUCCGAGUGCAGCUUUGCCCUGAGCUUUCCCCACGAAAACACACUCUUUAAAGCUGAAUCGGAGCAAAUGUCAGUUCAGGUUUUCUGUGGCUUGACUUUUGCUCCAGUUUUAAAGAGCUUUAAAGAGCAGGUUUUUGCAGGAAAAGCUCUGGGGCAAAAAAAAAAGGGUGAGUGGUGCUUGUACACAGAGCUUUAAAUCCCGGACUAUGCCUAGAAAGAGGUAAGUGUGGAUAAGCCCCUAGUGGACUUGCCUGCUUUAACGAAAAAGAAAAAUUAGUGGACAUAACUAAUUAAGUCCUUCAGUUCUGUGGGUGUGCUCUGUGUAGAACUUCAGUUGGAUGCAACCCACAGACUUCUGCAUCUUCAUAAUCUGGGGGUGGCUGAAGGAUCCUCUAGUGAGUCUGCCAACUCCUGACACAUAUAUUAUAAUUCCUUUACUAAGUAUAUGUGUCACAGGGCUGGGCAGAUCAGUCUAUUUCUGGUUGGUGUCAGUUUUGCAUGUCUGUGCUCAUUUGAUGCGAUUUUAUUUUCUCUCUCUGCAGAACAAUGGCAAUUCGUUCAUUUGUAGAUUGGCUGAGUUUUGUUGGAUUGAUUGGGGCAUUGAUUCGUGUCUCACUUAUGUUUUAUGACUCGAUUAUGCUGUUCUACUAUUGCUGAGUUGUUUCCAGUGAUUUGUGGUUUUAUUGAGUCAUUGCGCAGUAUGGUUCAUUUUUGCCUACUCAACCAUGUAUAUUACUUGGAGAAUAUUUAUUGUGGGGCGGCUUAUAAAUUGGUCUGUGCAUAAACCUAACAAUGCAGGUAGCUUUUAGGAGAGAUCUAGCAUUUGGCUACAGCCAACACCAGCUUAAGGAAGCAUGCAUUGCAUGUUUUUAAAAUAGUCAGGCAAAGGGAGUAGCAAACAAUUAGCCACUCCUCUCCAGAGAUUCACCAGAGUUCCGUCCAAUUCUUGGGCCCUGUACCCAGUGAGGGUUAGAAUCUAGCAGAGGUUUCUAUUGCUGAACUAGUCAGACAAGUUUCUCUAUAAGACAACAACCAUAAAUGGUCACCUAAGGGUUCUCAUCAGCAUCUCAAACAAAUUAGCCCUAGAACCUCUGGAGUCUCUCACUACUCAGAGAGGUAUAUGCUAUAGGGUAUAUGCUAUGACCAAUAUACCCUAUACUACCCCAUCCUAUGCAUGUUUAUGUAGAAGUAAAUCUUGCAGGGUUCAAUAGGACUUCCAGGUCAGGGACUCCAUGCAUCACUUCUUCUUAACACAUUUGACUUGGGUAGCUCCCAAAUUGUUCUACCUGUUUGUUCUUUGUGGCUUCCAUUCUUGCCUGGCACCAGCAGUCAACUAGGUGGGGUUAGCUGCAUUCCCAUUCCAGGAAUAGGUGGCACAACUGAAGCAUCUUUUCACAGUCUUGAUUCUCUUCAAACAUUGUGCAAGUAGCAUCUUCUUCUAGUAUUGGGGCCAAAGCUAACAAAAUGAAGGAUACUGUAUUGACAAACUGGAACAUGUGCAGAGGUGGGAAACCAAGAUGAUAAAGGGUCUGGAAGGAAUUCCUUCCUACUCUGAAUGGAAAAUAAAGUAACUACAGUUACUUUUAGGUAUAUGCUGCCCUCUUGUGGCUGUUGUUUUCUUGCUUUCUUUGGUUACAUGGAAAUUUGAUCCUGAGAGUGAACUGAUUUGCCAUGCAAAUUACAGACUGCUGAUAUAAGUUUUGCGUGCACACACACACAAAAAAUUAUUUUCCUACUUCAGGCAAGAAGUCUUUGAUGGAAGCUGUGACAGGAGUCUGCAGUGGCUUGCGCCCUGGGAUUGAACCAGAGUUCGUACCAAACAGUCUGCCACAUAGCAACAAGCUGCUACAGCUCAUGGCUCUCUGCUGGCACCAAGAGCCCAGCUACAGACCACAUGCUACAGGUAACAUCUAUUGUUGCUCACCACUGGCAAACUAUCGGGCUACCAUUUCAUAGGUCAGAUCUGAAAAUGAGUGUGUCAGCUGAGGAAAAGCAGAGACGGCAAUAAAGCAUAAACCUUGUUGAUUCUGCUCUUUACCUCAGUUGUUCUCUGUCUCACGGAGAGCUCAUCUGUUUCCCUGCACUUUCUAAGCACAGGCCCACACUUUCCCAGUCUAUGUAUGAGCACUUUUUCUUUUUGCCCUGCGACUUUCCCCAGGAAAACCUGCUCUUUAAUGCUGAGUUGGAACAAACAGCAGUUUGGGUUUCCCAUGCAAUUCUUUUCAGCAGUAAAGAGUGGGUUUUGGCAAGGAAAGUCCUGGGCAGGGGGGGAAAAGAAGAAGCACUUGCACACAGAGCUUUAAAGUACAAACCUAUGCCUAAAAGCCAAGGCCAGAUUUAGGUUUGAUGAGGCCCGAAGCUACUGAAGGUAAUGGGGCCCUUUAUAUGUCCAGCUGUCCUUUGUCAACAACAAAUUGUCACUGUUUUUUGUGUUGAAUAUAUGCUAUAUAGUAAUUUAUGGACCUAAUAGGUAUCUAAAGCCAUUUGCACAUAACAAAUUGGAGCCUACACAACACAAAAUACUGUUGCUGUAUGUAGGUUUUAUUUUAUUUGUUUUUUCUCUUAUAUUUUGGAAAUGUACAUCCAGUUUCUUUUCCUUUACAUUUUUUGGGGGGCCCCAGUAGAGUGGGGCCCUAAGCUAUAGCUUGUUUAACCUAUACAUAAAUCCAGCACUGCUAAAAGCACAGCAAAGAAGGAAGCCUUGAUGAGCCCUUACCCUGAAAGGCUUGCCUCUGGCUAUGGCUUUGUUUGUCAGAGGGUCUAUGGGGAGGAGGUGAUCUUUUUAGGAAUUUGUGGUCUCAGCUAUUUAGGACUUCAAACACCAACAUGAAUUGCAGAUGGCCUGGAAAUGAACUGACAAUCAGGGCAGCUGUUUUAAAACAAGGGUUAUGUGAGUUCCAAAUCGAACCACAGCUGAUAAUCUGUCUGCUGCACGGUGUGUAAAUAUGGUGUUUCUUCAAGACGUCUGGGUGCAAGACUGUGUAAUUGGAAGCCAGCUCAGAUGCUGCAGCACCUAUGUGAGCAAAGGUUACAUGUCAAGGGGUUUUUGGUCUCUUAAAUGCUAGCAUAUGGGGGGAGGAGGAGGAGGGAGAGAGAAGGAGGAGAUGUAAGCCAGCAACUGGUUCUGACCUGUGAUAGUACAAAGAUUUGCCUACAGGCACAUAAAUGCUGUUUUAUUUGUUUUUUCUUCUACAGAAUGCUCAAUACUUCUAAGGGAAAUUCUUGGCACAUUUAGGAAGGAGAUUAUUUCCGAUGCAAUAUACAACUUGAUUCAAGCAAAGGUGAGUCAUUUGUAGAAAUAGUGAUCUCGUUUCUCCCAAUAAUGGCCCCUAUGUAGCCAAACGAAAACUACUCACACCUAAGUAAAAUACCAUCACCAGACUCUGUGGAAUUCUGAGGUAUGCAAAACUGUAAAAUAAUAAUAAUAAUAAUAAUAAUAAUAAUAAUAAUAAUAAUAAAACUAUCAGGUAGACUCCCUCCUAAAACCAACUGAAUAAGUACUGAGCAUGCUUGGCAGGCAGGAAUCGCUGAGCUGACUGCUGGAGGAAAAUAGAAAUUUUCUAUUGGAAUUGGAAUAAAGUAUGAAGUCCCAAUGAUUUCAGUGGGAGAGUUAUGCAUGUGUACUCUCUGUAGCAUGUUAGGUUUUUUAAAAUGCCCAAACUAACCAGAAGUAUGGUUAAACGAAUUGGCAGGUAUACUAUGAGGUAACAGUGCCGUUCAGAUACCCUUCGUGCACCUGGAUGCCUCGAAGAAGAACACCCAGUGCUAUUGAGAAAGGUGAUCCCAAAUCUCCAGGCUCUCUCUGUUGCACAUGACUAGCAGGUUGUUCAAUGAGUUCCAGGGCAAACAUCCCGAUGGCUUAGAGCACUGGGAAUAUAUAAGCAAGGAAGAAGAGGUUUGCUUCUCCAAAAAUGUAAACAAAUUUGGAUGAGAUUUUCAGUAAACUUACCUAUACUGACAAAGACACUGGUUAUGAAACUAAGAGCAGCAGUUAAUCCGAUGAAAGCAGGGAACGUUGAGAUAUUUAGUAUUAAGCAAUUCCAGGGGGGCCUUUUCCAGAAUUAAUGUGAUGUACCUGUACUUCCUCUUAACUCUGUUUCAUGCUGUAUUCCUCUCUUCCAGGACUGUGCAAUAGAUUCUGCCAAAGGUCCAGUUUCUCAUGCACUUAAAACACAUGCGUGCAACUUAGAGGUGAGCAUUGGAAGCAGCUCAAUACUACAUCACACCAAGUGGUCUUAUCUAGUUUGUUGUUGCCUGCGCUGCCUGGUAGAGGCUUUCCUGGGUUUCAGACAAGGGCCAUUUUGUAGAAGGGUCAAGGUGUUGGUUUCCAGAUGUGUUGCAGUAUUUUGAGCAGGCUACUAAUGUGGGCUAUCUCUGACCUGGAUGUCAUUGUGCAAGGAUAGAAAGGGAAUGGGGUUUUUCCCACUUUAUUUUUACACAUUUUUCAAAUUACAUAAAACAUAUUACAUCCAUCCAUCAUCUUACCAUAGUAAGUAAGGACUUCCCUACUUAUCUUUCAAUGGCAUCCUAGUCUAUGUUCUAUAGCCACGAUAAUGUUUUGUAAUCCAUGUAUUAUUUUUUAUCUUUUUUAAACCAAGACAGUGUUAAAAAUAAUAAGGAAAACAGGGUGAGAGAGCUAUAUGUUAUCUGCAUAACAUGUUACUAGAAUCUAUCUAGAUUUAUUUUUUACUCUUAUCCUUAUUCUAGUUUUAUUUUUAUUCUUAUCCUUAUUCAUCUUAGCAAAUUUCUGGGAGGUGCACUGUUGUGUCUCUACCACUCAUUUUAACAUUACUUCUGCUGAUUUCAAUAUGUCACAAAACCACAACGCAGGUUUUUCUUUAAAAUGAGAAAACCUUAGGCUUCUCAAACAAGUUCACUGCACUUUCCUCCUGUGUCCAUCCACUUGGAAGCUCCAUUGGACGUGAUGCUUAGGAAAGCAUGUUUUGAAGUUUGUAAUUGCCACAUUUGUUUUAUUUAAAAAAAAAAUGGUUGAGGAGGACAGCCUUCCCAUUCCUUGUGAUUCUGCAGAGACCCUUUUGAUGGUCUCUGUGUUACUAGAAGCUACAAAAAUGGGAUUAGAUGGAGUCAGACUCCACCUUCUGUGGAUUGAAAGGAUCCACCUGCCCAUGGAAGGCUGCAGAGGGAAGGCUGGAAUCAGCAAAAGUCACCACCUCCUCCAAUCUGUGGGAGAGAAGUCUGGAUCUAAGCUAUAACUAUUUUAUUUAUUCUGUCUUUAAUUUAUGCAGUGCUCUGGGUUCUGAUGUCGAAAGCCAGUGCAUUUACUAAUAUUAUUAUCCAAAGUAGAUUUACUGUUUCUUGUUUGUUGCAGGUUAUCUGUCCUCAGAACAACAACAGGCUCAACAAGGAAGUUACUCUAAAAUCGCAUAGCUUGUCUGACCUUCACCUUGAGCGGGGUGCAGGAAGGACAGGGAAGCACAGCAGCCAGACAGACUUGGCCAGCAACACUACUCAAAACAGAGCGCUAGAAAGAGGUAGCAUUUUUAUGAACUCCUAAAUCUACCAUACGUAUGGGUAGGGAUGGGGGGAGAAAUUCAGCUUUGUUUGCAUUUUAACGAGAAGCUACCUCAAUUCACACUUCUCAGAUCAACAUGCAAACUGAAACAAAACUACAAGUUUUGUGAUGUAGUUCUCCAGCCAAAAACUAUGUACAAAAAAUGCAUUCCGUAAUGAAAGUAACACAACAAUGCAUUAUGUCACAGGGAAUGGCUUGUCAGAAAAUAAAAUAAAAUAAUGUUUAUAUCAGUCCAAACUGCAUACAGAAAUGUGAAUAGUGUCGGGAGAAAUUGGUACUAAAAUUUUGUUUAUUCUUAUUUGUUUUUUUAGAAUUUAUAUACCUCUUUAUAACUGCAGGUCUCAGGACAGUUCAUAACAUACAACACAAAAAACAUAAUGUGAGAGAGAGUCUAGAGAGGGGGCUUUAACCCUUUACUCUCACUGUAGUCCUGCUCAGAAUCAGCCCCACUCCCAUUCCUUGAUUUUAAAAAAAGGAAUAGGAAAAAGGAAAAUAAUCGAAUUGUGGUGUCCAGCUCUUUGAUAUUGUUACAUAAUGAAUUCACAUGAUGUGCAAUGCCUGUUACAGGAGGGGAGACACUCACUGGGCAUUAGUCCCAGCACCCAGCUGAGCUGAUGGGAGCGGGGCAGGGAUCUUAUUUCUUAAGAAACAUGUCCUUUUUCCACUUAUCAUUUUAAAAUCAAGCACACAUUAUCACCAAUAUCCUUAACAAACAAAUCGUAGUAAAUAGUAAGAUGUGCAUAUAGACACACCAAAUGAAGUUUGUAUUAUAACACCAUCUAGCGCUUAAUCAUAAGCAAAAUAAGGAAAAAAGAGGUAAAGGUUGAAAUAGGAUCCAAGAUUCAGAUUCAAGUAGAAUAAGAAGACGUAUGCCUGAAGAAUAAUCAUAAACAAAACUCAUAAAAUUGCCAAGAAAGGGUUAUAACUAACCCCUACCACCUCACUAUUCCAAAGUUCUAUAAAUUGUACCUUGUCCUGUUCAAAUCCCUGUUUGUCUCUCUCCUUUUCGGAGUAUCCCUGGUAUGGGAAAAUCCAGAUUGAGGGAGGGGAAAGUGUGGGAAAGCAGUGAUUUGGAAGGGAACACCAUAUGGACAAUGGAGGAUUAAUGGAGAUACAGGAAGCUUCCUAUCCACAUUAAAUGUCAGUGUGGAGGAGCCCCAGAUCUCCUGGUCCACCUUGGCAAACAAAAGAGCUGCCUUCAAAGCACAACUGGAGAGCUACAUCUGUAGCGGUGGGGGCAUGUCUUCUGCUUCCCAGCUCCAUUGGUAGACUUGCAGUUAGAUGCAUUUCCAAAAACAAUUUGAGAGCACAGGUCAGGCUGGUGGCUGGAAAGCAAGUACUAAAGCAGCACCUCCUAUGUAGCUGUAACUCACAAGGAUGGCUGCAACCUGCCUAAUACAUCCUUCCUAAUACUGACAUCUGCUCUUUAGUUGGCUCUGUUGAUCUGAGAAAGGAGAAGUGUCUGUUGGCAUGAGCAAACCCAAUCAAGGUCUAGAUACACAGGCAAAAGCCAGGUGUAACUGGAAUCUGCCUGGCUUUGUCCUACUGCACUCACUGUUUUCCUGACAGGAUCCCAACAUUUCAGCAGGAUGCAAAACAAGUCUGAACAAACAAGUCUAAAGUUUGAAGGUCACCUUAGAGUCACUUCCCAUCUGAUUUCUGCUCUGUUUUUAAGACAAGUAGGGAAGUGCCUGGGAAACAGGCAAAGAAGCUCAUGUUUCGUAAAUGUGCAAAAAAAAAAAUGCAUCCAGCUUGCAAACCUCACCAAAGCUUGCCCAAAGCAUCUGCAGACAUUCCAUAUGCGUCACAGAUCUUAAGGGUAUGAAUAGAAUACCCUUAUAGAAAAUAGAAAAUGUGCAAAGCAGCUUUUAUUCUGAAGUGGAACAUUUCUUCCACACUAUUAAUACGACAGAAAUGGUUUUGGGAACCAAAGUCAUGAUGUUCUUCUUAUAGAGCUCAAAAAAAUAAAUAUAUUGCCACUGAGGACCUUAAACUGAGUUACUUUCCACAGAGGAGCACAAAGAUUGGUAUUAAGUGCAUAAUUUCACUUCCUAAGAAUACCAGCUUUAUUUUUAAAUAAAUAAAUAAAAGGCAAUUUUCUAGUCCUUAUUGCUGGGAAAAUGGGUGAAAAUGCAUUAGCAGUACCUGCAGACAUAUUUUUUUUAAAGCCCAGGGGGUGGCUAAAACGUUUGUGGUAGUCUAGGAACAGGGCAGUGGUAUUCCUUGUAGUUCCUUGUCCUUCCACAUGACCAUAUAAAGCACAUAUACUAACAGCAAACUCAAUUCUGCAAGUAUAGAUAAUACUGAGCUACUGGAUAAUAAGGCAGCUUCCUAUUAGGUACCAAAUAAGCCCAAUAAAAACCCACUGCAGCAUUCUCUACAGUGUGUCGUUCUUCUUCUCUCUUUGUCCUCCUUUCUCAAUUUUUCUCUGCGACCUAUAUAGCAGAAACAACCCCACUCCAUGCCUCUGUUCUUCCAAGUCCUCCCCCCUGCAGUACACUUGGGCCUAAUUCCAAACAGCCAGCAUGGGUGGGGAGAGAACCAGCCUCAGAAUCCCCCCACACACACCCUGUCGCCCCAUCACAGCAACAAACAGUUAAUAAAGUAUCUAGUGGCUUCUGUACAUAAAACUCAUGCACUGUCCAUUAUUCCCUCCCUGAUUCACAACUCACACUAUAUAUUUAUAUAUAUUUGGUAUUUCUGUAGGUCAUCUCUUCUGUGGCAGCAAAGAGUCAAGUCCUCCACAUUCCUCUUCCCCUUUCCUUACUCCCGAUUCAAGCCUACUUGUAAAAAGUCCUUCCACAUUUUGCAAAGAGUCAGAGGGCUGGCAACCGCGGCUGCCGCGACUAGUGCAGGCACCUGAUGACAGCCCUCCGUACAGCAACCUUCGGAACAAUGGGCUUGAAAACCCAGUAACAGGUGAGAUUUAAAAAUGAAAGAGGUGCUGCAUUUUGGGGGUCGGGGGAGAUACACUACCACCACUUGGAAUAUGGUACUAACUUACUGUGCUUUGUAACUGUAUGGAGCCAGUGUGGUGUAGUGGUUAGGGUGUCAAACAAGAACCCCUGAGCUCAGCAUUGAAAUCCUCACUCAGUAAGGAAGGUCACCUUGGGCUGGUCGCUACUUCUCAGCCUAACCCACUUCACAGAGUUGUAUGAAGUGGUGUUGGUUGGGAGCAGAGGAGUCAUAAAUAAAGUAUAGCCCGUUAGGUUUAGUUAGGAAACCUCCCACAGCAUUUGGAGGUGGGGGGUGUUAGUGGGGCUACAAAUGGCUUGGCUAUUACUUUUGUAUUUGAUGAAAAAAAUAUUUUUUUCUGUGGGCCCAGGUCCUUACUGCAAAGAGGGAAACUGCUCUAUCCUAGCCUGCGGGCGAGAAACUAUCUUGAGAUGCAUGACGGAAGGGCGCUUGAACCACCUCCUAGACGUUCUGCGUUCCCAGCAGCUCUUGUCCAGGACGGACUACGAAAUGAUCACUUCGUUCCCCACCUUGACUGGCCGGGCCCGUGCUUUGCUCGACACUUGCCUUGGCCUUGGGGAGAAGGCAGCCCAGACUGUGGUGGCUGUUCUGUCAGCCAGCAAGUGCAGCCCUUUCCUGCGAAGCAUCCAGGCAAACACAGUAAAUUAAAUGAUUUAUCUCCCAGCAUGUUGGAGAGUUGGUUAAAAAGGAAAAAAGUCUGCGAACUGAUGAUUUGCAGCGGCCUUGUUCCUUUGCGCCAUCGUUACCCUGCGUCAUGGAUUAGAGUCUAGCAUGACUUCUGCUCAGAGAACGUUCUCUUCUGAAAGAAGAAGCAUGAGCUGGAUGAAAAGGUCAAGCCACCCGCUGCCUGAAGCAGUAGCAGCUGCAUCCUUUUAAUACAGUCACCCAGUGAUGGAGUGAUGGUGUGGCUGGUCAGUUUUGGCUCUUGAGCUCCUUGCUCUUACUCGAAGAGGACAGACCACAGGACCCCUUGUUUUUCUGUCGUCUGAGAGCAGAUUGCUGAAACUUGGCAAAUAAUGUUUAAAAAGGAAAGGGCAUUUAAGGGCAGAGCUGCCCCUGUGAAGCAGAGAGAAAAGGCUGCCAGAGUGAGCAGAAUUAAAUACAACUAAGCCAUCACCACAGCAGGCACCUUAUUUAAAACAAAAUUUCAUUAAUGGCGGAGUUUGAGGUAGGCUUUCAAGCAGUAAGUGAGGCAUUUUGCUCAAGUGUUCUUGAACAAAUUAUUUUUGGUGCCUGCCCCUGAAAUUUAGGUGGCGUGAAUGUGGAGAACUUCUGAAGUGAUGCUUUUGAACAUGCCAGUGUGAAGACUGUUAGCAUUCUGUUGCCAGCUGUGUCUACUGACAUCAGCAGGGGAUGUUGUGUACUUGGCCGUGUGCAGAGGCCCAGAGGAUGGUGAGGAAGGAAGGCAUAUGUAGGCACCUGGAUCAACCUGCUACCAAAGAUAGGCAGGUUUAUAUACAAUUAUUUAAAUUAUUUGAAACAAUUACUCUCUACUACCUUUCGGUAAAUUCCAGAAUGGUGUACAAUAUGCUAUUAUUAACAAAAACCAGGCAGUUUUUGAAACAAGCAGUAGCUGAGCGUGUAAAAAUAUGCACGCAAAGAUGAAUUAAAAUAGCUUUCCAGAGGAUCCCACAUGGAUAAAUGAGAGUCGCUAUGCCCAGUGUGAAGAAAGGUAACAGGUUGGCACAAAAGUGACUAGAACCCAUUCUUUGAUUUGUGAAAUUGGAGCCUGAUUUGGGAUGAUUACUUUUUAAAAAUACAUAUGUGUGGACAGAGAGAGGAAACCUUCUGAACUUUUAAUGGGUGGCUUGUGCCUUUUGUAAAAAAAUAAAAAUUGAAGCCAUCUUAUGUAAGAUUGUGUUAGGAAACUACUCAUAAAUAAGCCUUAUUGUUUGACCACAAAAAUAUGUGUAAGCAGAUAAACAUCAUGCAGCAUGAAUGAUUUAAAAUCAUGCAUUAACUGAAUAAACAUGUGAUAAAACUGCUGUUUAAACUGUAGUUUAACUCUUUCUUUAAAGGUAAUUUGCUUCCAAACGUUUUAUGAAGCAAGCAACAAAUGUAAUGAAUAACAAUAAUAAUAACAACAGGCUUAGUUUUUCAGCAGAGAUUGUGACAUGAGAUCUUCAUGAACAUUGUUGUUAAAAUACACACACCACCUUUCUUCUGGGUAUUACAGGCAUUGACAUCCCCAAGGGUAUAAGAAAAUUCUUUUUAUAUGCAACCGCAGCCACAAGAGUGCUCAUUGCGACAUAUUGGAAAAAUGACAAACUCCUUACCAGAGUGGAAUGGUUACUCAAAUUGACAAAAUAUGCAGAAUUAGCCUCCCUUUCGGAAAUAAUCAGAGAUAAACCCAGACAAGAGCUCAUUCUAGAAUGGGAUAAUUUCAAAAACUAUUUGAAAAAUAGCUGUAACUUAAACAUGGUAGUUGCCUUUGAAUGAUUUCUGUAAAAAAUAUAUAUGAUGGAAAAUGAUAUCGAAAUCGUAAAAAGAAUUUUUAUAAAUUAAUAAUGACAAAUCAAAGCAAGAUGUUUAAUAUAAAGGAAACAUGGAGAGGAUGGGAAGUCAUGGGUUUGUGUAGAAAGCACAUAGUUGAAAUUGCAUGUAUCUUUUGUGAUAUUUUUACUGGAUUGAUGACAGUGAAGAUGACUAGGUGCUGUGUGUAUAUAUAUAUAUAUAUGGGAAAUGAAUAAUAAAGCAUAAAAAAAUACACACACCAACUUUCCACAGCAAAUGCAUCAACACAGGAAGUUGCCUUAUACCAAGUCUAUCAACUGUUCUUCCAGGAUUUCAGCCUUUCCUGUCCCAACCUGUUGGAGAUGCAGGGGUUGAAUCUGGGACCUUCUGCAUGCAAAAUAUCUGCUCUGCUACCAGCUAUGCCCCCCCCCCAAUAAUUGUUGAAGUAAACAUAUAUUGCCGGGGGACAUAAUUCAUAGCGCAGCACAGAACGUCCCAGGUUCAACAGUUCUGAUCAGGGAGCCAGCCAUCUAAACAUGUAAAAUUAAAUAUCAGCAAAUAAUCCUAAUAAACAUUUUUCACAUGGCUGUGCUGGGGAUUGAACCUGCGACCUUCUGCACGCAAAGCAGAAACUCUGCCACUGAGCUAUGACCCUUCUCCAGACUAAUGAAAGAAAUUGUGAAUGCCCGCCCCUCCUUUUCCUUUACAUUUGAAAACAGCUGUAAUUUUUCAGAGGCAAGCCAAGCGCAGCCCAACACCCUACUCCAGAGACCUGCUUACAAAUGAUCCAGGGAAGAAACAGCAGAGCUGUGUAAUGAUUAGCUGGCUCUGUUGAAAUGUAAGUGUCAGUCUUUUCAUCUUUUUUUCCCCCUAGUGGGACUCCUGCCUUUAACAACUGCCCCAAACCUUAAUAUUCAGCAAGUGAAUACAGUGGUACCUCAGGUUACAUACACUUCAGGUUACAGACUCUGCUAACCCAAAAAUAGUACCUCGGGUUAAGAACUUUGCUUCAGGAUGAGAACAGAAAUUGCGCAGCAGCGGUGCGGCAGCAGCGAGAGGCCCCAUUAGCUAAAGUGGUGCUUCAGGUUAAGAACAGUUUCAGGUUAAGAACGGACCUCCGGAAUGAAUUAAGUUCUUAACCUGAGGUACCACUGUAUUAGCACCACUUGGCAAAAAUUUGCACCAGCUGCAUUGAAUCAGGCUCUGUAUUAGAAAUUUUAAGCAAUCCUACUUGCAGGCAUUGGAAGCAGCACAUAAAACAUCAGAGCACCCAGGUGGCAAGUUAUUGCUGGACCGAUGCUGUAACACAGUGCUCAGUUAAACUAUGGAACUCACUUCCACAGGGGGCAGCAGUCGCCACCAACUUGAAUGGCUUUUUAAAAAGAUUAGACAAAUUCAUGGAGGAGAGAGCUAUCAAUCACUAUUAGCCACAAUAGCAGUUGAAGGCAGCAAUGCUUCUGAAUACCAGUUGCUGGGAACCACAGGAAGAGUGUUCUUGCGCUCGUAUCCAGCUUGCCGGUUUUCUACAGGCAUCUGGUUGGCCAAUGUGCAAACAGGUUGCUGGACUAGAUGGGCCAGAUCCAGCAGGCUCUUAUACAUAAAUAGAUGCCUAAAUCCACAAUCCUAUUUGCAAACAGAGGGAGAUCCCUAGAUAGAUUAGUGUGCCCAAAGCUGCAAAGUACUGCAAAGCUGCAAAGUACUGUGGGAUCAAUGGAUCCAAAAAUGAGCAGUCCUACUUACAGGCAGGGGGAGCUCUACAUGUGCAUCAGAGCACCCACUAUCGCUGGAUCAGUGCUAUAUGGCAGAAUGGAUGCUUAAUAUCUUUCCUCUUGCUCAACAAUUUGCCCCAGUUUAAUGUUCUGCUUCUAAAUUCCCUCAGGACAACUAGGCAUCAUCACACUAGUGCCAAAACCAUAACCUACAUGUUUCUGUUGAGAUGGAACUUCUCAAGCUGCUGCAAGAAACACUUUGCCCACUCUUUGCCUUUUGCAUGAACAUGAAAUGAAUGGGCGGUCAUUUCCCGCUAAGCAAAGGUAGGAGAGAUUUUUAACACGCUUACACAAAUUGCAUAAUCAUGGAGGCAUCUUCUACUAGAAGUAGGGAUGUUGGGAGUGGCUGCUAUGAAUGAGAACCUCUGAACAAACACAAGCAGGAUCUAGAAUUACAAGAGGCAAAUACAGCUGACAUGCUCUGCUCUUAGUCCUAUAACAAUUUGUCACUAACUUUAAGGACUUGGAACUGAAGGGCAGGCAUCCAUGUAACUUCCCCUUGGUUUUUCUUUUUUGGGGGGUAAUGGGCAGUCAGGUAGCAGGGAAGGGUUUUCUUUUUUAACUGCUUUCAUAUUCCAGAUUCAAAAUUGCUCCUCUUCCUCCAAAGGCCACAACUAUGUAGUGAGGGGAGCUAAGGAGGCUGGGAAUUGCCACUGAACAACCAGAAUGCAAAUGCAGAAUAAGUAAAUUAAAUGUAUUUAAAUAUUAGUAAGAUACAUUUUUACAUUUUGCAUGAUUUUAAAAUAAGGGUUUCAGAGUUCUUGGUUUUUUAUAGUGUUUUUGCACUCCAAAUGGUAUGCUAGAAGGAAGAUAUAGGUAAGCAAUUGAAGAUAUAGUAAGCAGUUGGGAAGAGCAAGUGGGACCCACAACAAAAAAUGUUGUAGUAUAUCCUCACUUCGCUGGAGUGCUCCUGUUUAGGGAUCCUGCAGCACAAGCAAGGCAACCUCCUCUCCGUCUCUCCUCCUCACCCAACCCUCAAUCUUUCCAUUUUUCUUUGCUGACACAAAGGAGUCUGUAGCUAUUGGGUGUGCUCAGUCUUCACUGAGCUACUGUGUAAGGGUUUUCCCCAUUUUAGGGUUUUGUACUUCUACAAACCUUGCGAUUUGUCCAAGUGUGCCCUGUUAUCUCCCACUGGCCCCACUCAACCACCUGAAUUUGCUAUUAGAGGGAGUGAUCUUACCUGCAUAUCUCCUUAUAAAUAAAAUAGGAAAUAAAAUAAAAUAAACUAUAAGUCUAUAAACUUCUUUAAAAACACACACCAAAAACCCCUGAAAAUUCAGGGAAGGGACUUGACCCACCAGCUCUCCCCCAUUAUUCCUGCCCCCCCAGUUUUUAUCCCUGACUACCACUUGGAGUAACCACUUCCAUCCAAUGCCACAUAAUGUACAGUAUUGCUUGGUAUUCAAGUAUAUAUACCACUCAUGCAAUUUUAAUUAUAAUGUGCAAGAUUGUAAAGAGGGAUAUUAAAGAAAGUACAGUACAAAAUCCUGCUCUCUCUAUUGGGGGGGAUCCACUGUACUGUAGCAUGAACAGCUGCCAACAGUUCUCUGGCAACAUGGCUUGUUAUGAAACAUCUGUUUGUGCAGUCCACAUCUUGUUGAAGUCAACAGCCAAAACCAGCAGUCCCAUAGAUUGCUCUGUUUGGGCAUAAAAGCCUCCAGAGAUCACUGAAAAGAAAGGAGGACACAGCCACAAGGCCCAAACCAAUUAUUGCUUCUGCUGUUGCACCAACUUGUUCAAACCCCUUAGAGCAGAACAUCUGUUAGUUACACAACUUCUGAUCAAAAUAUAUAGUUCUACUCUGUCACAAAUAGACCUGCUCUCCAGUUUUAGGUUAAGACCACAAGGUCAAUGAAACACUUGCUUGAGUCUGACACGCUAUGUUGAAGUGGAAAUUCAGCCUGUGUACUCUGUUGUGCUCCAUCUGCCAUGCAGGCAGUGAACAGGUGAAUAUACCCAGUUGAGAGACAGGCAAAGGUAGCAAGGGAUGACCGUGAGCUGGGCUUGGUUCCAUCUGGACAGGAACAGUGGUGCAGUCUGAUAGUUUUCGACCAGGUGUGGGGAAACUUUGGCCUUCCAGAUGUUGCUGAACAAGAGCCCUUCACUGCAUUCAGCUGAGUAAGGGCCUGAACAUCUCCCACCAAAGUGUCACUGCACAUAAAUUAAGCAUUUAUGUCGCAUAUUUUUAAAAAGCUUUUGGAAGUUUAAUGCACAGUUUGCAUUAUCUUGUUGGAAUCCUGAGAGCACUCCAUGUAAGGUAGAUCAAUAUUAUUAUCUCCAUAUUGCAGGCGGAGAAGAUGAGGCUGAGAAGAGUAGCCUCACCUGACACCAUCAAGCCAAUUCAUGGCAGAGGCAAUAACUGAACCAUGGAAAGUGUGACAGCCUCUUGCACUGCAGUGAUAUGGCAGACUGUUACAGGUGGAAUUGCUUGUUGUUAAAAGUGAGCCUGAGUGUGGUUUGUGUUCUGAAUCUUCCUUGUAAGCGAGGUCCAACUUACAAUAGAUUUCCUGCUUUGGCCGAAUACAUGCCUCUUCUUUGCUGGAUGCUGUUGGGCAGAGGCAAAGGCCAGGCUUAGCGUUUCAGCUUUGGAUGGCAUAGGCUGGAGGGGAGGUCCUUGGAGUUGGUUAGCAAACAAGAAGGAGACGGAGGGGCAGAACUCCAAGUGAGCUGAGGAUGACAGAUGGGAACAAAGAGACACAGAGGGUGGCAUUUUGUUGUCCUUUAAAUCCAAUGCUGCCCUUAUGGGGGAAGCCAGCCCCUUUUGGGAUGUGAUUGGGAAUUCAGUCUUAAUUCCAACUAUUGUAAUGGGCAUCAUCCUCCACUGCACCAGUUUAAGGGACACAGGACAGGGCACAUAGCACAUUCAGCUCUGUCUACCACUGCUCCCUGCCCCCGACAACAUCCAUUGCCUCUCUUUACCUAAUGGUAGAGCCAACCAGGCAGAGGGCCUUUUUGGUAGUGGCGCCCACCCUGUGGAACGCCCUCCCUUCAUAUGUCAAGGAAAUAAACAACUAUCUGACUUUUAGAAGACAUCCGAAGGCAACCCUGUUUAGGGAAGUUUUAAUGUGUGAUGUUUUAUUGCUAUUAUUAUUAUUAUUAUUAUUAUUAUUAUUAUUAUUAGAGCCGCCCAGAGUGGCUGGGGAAAACAGCCAGAUGGCAGGGUAUAAAUAAAUUUAUUAUUAUUAUUAUUAUUAUUAUUAUUAUUAUUAUUAUUAUACAAAGCAUAUGCUUGUCCAUUGACUUACAUCUCAUCUACAUGACUUUGCCACCAUUAUUCCAUAGUGAGCAAUACAAAAAGGGACACCUUUGUUACCCUGAGUAGCAGUUCAGGCUGGAAGAUGACACUGUCAAUCAGUUACCUUGGGUUACAAACGUAUCAUUCAUUUCCAUAAAGUUCCUUACUCAUAAACAGCUGUUAAUGCAGCAUUGAGAGACCGCACUGCCACUGAUUUGAGAAGUGAGGGUAUCAAACACACUUUCCUACCCAACAGGAACAUGCCACAGUGCCAAAAGUUACAUCAACUGAGUUUUAACACCUCUUGAGGCUUUUGAGAAAGUAGGUUGCUAUAUAAAAAAAAACCCACAACCAUGUUAUAAUCCGGUUAAGUCUCUUCUGAUGCUGAGGUUCGUUUCACUGUUACAAACAUUUGUUGCAGCAACAACAAUCUCUUCAGGGAUUUGUGGUGAAGCCAGCCUCAGGCAUAGUGAAGCAAUUGGCUCUUUCUCCUUGUGGUGCCAAAUCUUAGGAAGUGCCUAAUAUUUAUUCAGCUGCCUGGAUUGCGUAAAGUUCAGUGGGAGCAGUUGGGAUAAGCCAACAAGUCAUGCCAAUCUUCAAGCACACCACAUCUUUGUGAGAUUAUUCUAUACAGGUCAUGUUCACACAUGACUUUUCGACAGGGAUGAGGAACCUCAACUUGCAUGAGGGGUGUAGCAGGGGUGGGGCAGGGGGCUGUGGCCAGACACCUCCAUGCAGGCAUCGGCUUCCACAGGGAUCCCCAAUCCAUCCAGGCAUGUCCUGCUGGGUCCUGUCCCUGGCUCUCCAUCCUUCCCUGCCUGUGGCCUGGGGGGGGGGGUCUCACCCACCUAGGUUGCAGUGAUACAGACCAGAUUGGCCUCCUCGUCCACAAUCAGGUCAUGGGUGAAGGAGAGCCAACCUGACAUUCAGCUACAGCAGCCACAGCCCCGAGGGCUGGCUGACAGAACAAGUGCAAUUCCCCAGGUUGAAGGAGUGGCUGGCAUACAGCACAGUCAAUAACAUGUGAUAGCCGUGUGGCAUGUGAGUUGGUUCAGGGGUGAGGAAAGCAAAAGGUUCAACAAAAUCAGUCUGACUUCAACACAUUAUCUGUAACCUACCUUAAAAGAAGGUUUUUAUUUUUAUUUUUAAAAAAUGAGGUAGGAAAUAACCAACAACAUAAACAACCCUAUUAGCUGGCACUGCACCCCACAUAAGGACCCAGUUGCCACAACCCCGGCAGACCUGGUGUCAACUGGCUGGACCUGAAAAUGUCACCCACCCCAGGCAAUGAUGUUGCCCAGCCCUUUGGGGCAAGGAAAGGCAUCUGAACACACCAAGGAACCAACUACUUCACUGCAAACCCGCACAUUUCCUACUUACCGUUAAUCAUUUUCAGAAUCUUUCCCACAACCUGACAAACUUGCUUGACCUGCCAUUAGGAGCUGCCUGAGAACAAACUAACCUGUAGCCUGUGGCAACUAUGCGUAACUGUAACAUUUGGGUGCAUAUGCUGGUUCUGUCAGGUUUGAGGGGGCCACAGAUGAGAUGCAUUCUGGUCUGCCUCACAGUCUGGCCACAGCUUUUCUCCUUCCCGCUGCUUCCUUUUUCUUAAAAUAAAUAAAUCAUGAUAUCCUGGCAGUAGUGCUAUUCGCCCUCCCUAUCACCCUGACUAGGGGAAGCGGGUGGCACUGUGGGUUAAACCACAGAGCCAAGGACUUGCCAAUCAGAAGAUCGGCGGUUCGAAUCCCUGUGACGGGGUGAGCUCCCAUUACUCGGUCCCUGCUCCUGCCAACCUAGCAGUUCGAAAGCACGUCAAGUGCAAGUAGAUAAAUAGGUACCACUCUGGCGGGAAGGUAAAUGGCAUUUCCGUGCGCUGCUCUGGUUCGCCAGUAGCGGCUUAGUCAUGCUGGCCACAUGACCCGGAAGCUGUACGCCGGCUCCCUCGGCCAAUAAAGCGAGAUGAGUGCCGUAACCCCAGAGUCGGCCACGACUGGACCUAAUGGUUAGGGGUCCCUUUACCUUUAUCACCCUGACUAACUGGCUGUGUGGGUUAAGCAGGUAGCAAGCAAGCAGGCAGGGUCGGUGGUGAGAGUUCAGAUGUUUGCCAGUGUGCACUGCAAAGCAAAGCACUGCAAGAGCCAAAUCCUAUGAGGUUCUCACUUCCUGCCAGAAAAAAAACCUUAAGGAUUUCAAGAGCUAGUGUUUGAAUUAGUUUUUUUCUUCCUGCCUCCCAAUCUCUUUUCCUUUUGUCUCAUGUCUCUUUAACUCUGAAAAUAAAAAAUGAUUAUUACUAAUCAUUGGAAGUCUGGGAUUUUACUGUAGACCCAGUGAAAUUAAUGAAGUUAAUCGUGCCCAUUAAUUUCAAUGGGUUAACUCUGAGUAGAACUAACCUUGGCUACAAUCAAAAUGGAAGAGGAGAGUCAGGCUGUUUUGAAAGAACUGGGAGUUUAUUAAAUCUCUUACAGAGGAUUUUAUACAGUAGUCAAUGGUCAAGCAAAACCAUGGAGAGGAACAGGGGGAGUAGGAAACAGGCACAAACACUCCUUCCACAAUAAACUACUAGUAUCUAAAGUUGCCAAAAUACUCCCUGUUGUCUUCAUUGCUGUAAUGAUCUAAUUUCCAUCCCUGCAGAAUAUUAAACUUAAAGGUUGACAGUGCCCCUUUCAGGCUUCAGGAAAUGUACAAUAUAAACAAAAUAUUUUUUGUUCAUAGCAAGCAUACUUCUCUGCUUCUUCAGUUCCUUUUACCUCCUCUGAACAGUUUUUUCUUUAAACAGUUUUUUCUCUAACUUGGAAAGCUCUUUAUUGUGGAUAUAAACCUGCCCAGCUUUAUUGUUGCUUAUUUGGGUAAAGAUUGUUACUUUAUUUGCCUUAAGAUGUCAUUUUGGGAUGAAUGGGCCUUCUCCUUUGCAUAGGUCAUUUUUCUUUACAAUGGAAUGCCUCUCCCAGUUGUGUUUAAAUUGUGCACAAGAUAACCAUGUUUGUUGGAAUUGCCUGCUUAUGGUUCUGACAUAUAUCGUGAAAGAGGAUCUCUUUUGAUUUUUCUCCCUCCUUUGAUAAUGCAAUAGUUAAUUUUUAAACUGCUUUGGAAGAUUUGAGCCAAGGAUGCCAAAAUCUGGUUUGAUUUUCUUUUCCCACUUCCAUCUUGUUCUGGACUGUAGUAAUCACUGCAUUUUAACUACAGUUCUAAGUGAUGUUUUAAUGUUAUUUAAUAUGCUGUAAUAAAUAAAUGUACCCCACCCUAGGACUACUGUGGUGAAGAUGAGGUAACGAACUGAGAUUACUAAAUAACUAAAUAUAAAGGAAUUGAGGUAACUGAAGGUCCUGUCUUCUCAUAGACUGGGGUCCACAGAAGUAUUGCACCUCAAACAGCAGGGACAGGUCACAGUAAGUCUAGACUAGUGCUGUGUCACAUCCGGUAGUCCAGUCCAAGUGGGUAGGUAGGUAGGUACUGCCAAAAUCCAGGCCGCUGGACAAGUGAUGGCAUGAACUCUGUCACAGAGAGCUGCUUCUGAGGACUGCUGAAGGCUGCUGGCCAGGUACCUCCUAUUAGCCCCCCUCCUAUUGAAAUAUCUGUUCUUUAAAAGGGCCACUGUCCUAAUCUGUAACUUUAGGCUUGGAGCUGGUGAGGGCUGGAUAAUAAACUCUGGAAUUCAUCUAGGCUUCUCAAGUCUUCACUGCCACUCAGCUCGGUGUUCAGCAAGUAGUUGGGAUGUUGAUUCCUGCUCAUUUGUUUGCUAACUUUGUAUCCUAGCUUUCCACCAAUUGGUGCUCAAUGCCUAUAAUACAAAUCCAAUAAAAUAUAACAAAUUAUAGUAAAACAAUAGAAUAUAAAGUAAAAAAGGUAAAAAUGAGAUAAUUGAAACACCAAUAAAAAUCAUUUGUUAAAACCACUUAACACAUAUUUGUAAAUCAUGUUUUAUUUAUUUAUAAGUAUUUAUAAAGCAUUUAAUAUAUAUAUAUUAAAAUCUCUUAGCAGUCUGCAACAUAAAAGCAAACAGUAUCAUUAAAACAAAAAUUCAGCAUAAAAUGAGGAUGACUACUGCUGAAACAACAUCUAAGUUUUGCUUUAAAGGAGUCUCCGGUCUGAAAUGCACAGGGAACUGUCCAUGGUGCCACUUAAACCUUGUCUCCUGUUGCUUAAACAGAACAAGUGUGUUUUAGAUCCUGCCCAAGAUACUUGAUGCCUGGGCUUGGCAAAGGGCAAGAUGACACCCCAGUCCUUGUUCAAAAGCCAAGCGCUUUCAAUGCUAGUGAUGAGGCAGUGUCUUCCAGGGCACCUGAGGGCAGCAGACUAGCUUAGGGAUUGCAGGUCAGGUUAAGUCAUUUUCUUCUUCUUUGGUGAUCACUCAUAGCUGAGUAAGAUUGUCUUCCAUAAACACGGUUUUAACAAUGAGUCCGUAAGUGACUGUGGAGGCCAGUUCUAGAUCCACAUGUCCUUCCACAGUGGGGACAUUGGUUUCCAGGUGGGAGUUGAUCAUGGUGUGAAUUUGCCAAGUGUGCCUUCCUCUUAGCAUGUUUCUCCCUUGCGUAGGGCACCUUUCUAGCCCCUCCCCCUUUUGGGGUGAGCAGAAUGGAUCCUGAAAAGGGCUGCUCAGUCAUGGAUACAGCUGCCGAGCUGCUCAACUGCCUUGUUCCUUGAGUCAGAAUGACUGAAUCUGUAUCCACCACCCAUGUGCCGGUUCAUGACUAGGGGCUUCCAUAUUUCAUGAUCCUGCCCCCAUUACAAUUUGCUGAUCGCCAUGGGACUUUGGGGUUUUGGGUUUUGGGUGGGUUUCUGGAAGAUGCCUCUGUGUGAAUUUAUUUUAUGUGCGUAGAUCAGUGCACGUUGACCAACACACAGUCUUCACAGUAAGGCUCUCCCAAUGGCAUGAGUAAUCAUGACAACUGGUACAUUCUUAUCUGCUGCAGCCUUCAUCCACCUUCACAGCCGUUGUAGCAUACCGCUUGUUAUCAUCCGCCUGUUCUGCCCUUGAGGACUUCUUGGAUCAUUCUUUGUCUAGCUCCUUCCCUUUGACCUUACCACCUUGGGUGACCCUGCUGGGAGUACGAGAUUCCUGAUGACUUCGCUCACAAGGGUCAUAGGAACGUGCAAGCCCACUCACCACAAGGUGAUGAUCCAGUGAGUGAGCCAGGUUAAGUAGCACACAGUGCUCUAUUCUUGAGCACUGUGCUACUCCAGGCCUCACUCUUUCUAAUGGUAGGGCUGGCUCUGAGCCACUCAGAAAGGCAGUGCCAUUGAAGGCAUGCUGCCCAAGGGUGUCCCCAAGCCUGUUCUCUUGUCCUAUUGAGUGUAGCUAAGCUUAGAGAUAUAUAGUAAACUGCUUACUACUUUCCUCUUUGCCCCUGCUCUUCCUUUCUGUUGUUUCCUGUGGUGAAUUUUAGAUUGUAAGCUUCUUGGGGAAGGGAUGCUGAUGAGGAUAUCUUGUUUUCCUUUUUAAUAUUUGUUAUGUACUGAGUUGAAUAGGAUCCAAAAUGCAGCAGUCUGAUUGGUCCUAGAACAAUGCAGCAGUAUGAUUGGUCUGCAGGAGCCACCCAAUCCAGCUCCAGGUGGAAGUGAAUCCACAACCUGAUUGGCCUACAGGAGAAUCCUGGAAUUAGCCAAUCACGUGCAGCCCAUUGUGUAAAUAAUGUAUAUAAAGCAGAUAUUGUGGGGGAAUUUUCAUUCCUCCUCACCACUAUGAGCUGAAUAAAGAAAAUGAAAUCCACUCUCGACUCUGAGUAUAUUUCAAUAUUCACACAGUGCAUUUUGUUGUUAUUACAUUGUGAAUGGUCACCGUGUUCAUUAUAUUAUUGACUUAUUAUUGUAUUGUUUAUAUUUAUUGACGGCCUGGGGUGGCCGUUUUACAUACGUUGACUGCAAUCCCAUCCAAGUUUAUUCAGAAGUAAAUACCGUUGCAUUCAAUGGGACCUAUUUCCAGAUAAGUGUGCCUAGGAUGGCAGCCUUAAGCUUUAAUUGAUUUGUCAGUCUGAGGCUCAGGAGAUGGAGUAAAUGAAGGAGAGAUACAUGUAUUAAAGGGAGAGAAACAAUAUUGCUUACAAAAUUUGAAACCCUUGUUAAAAAUAAAUAUUCUUUUACUUAAGAAUGGAACUGUCAACUUAAGCUUUCUAUGCAGCUGGUGUAGAACUAAGUUCUCUCCCAAACACAUGCUUUUUAAACACUUUUCUUUACAAUGAAAAUCCAUGCUCCUCUGCAAUGUGCUGCCUCCCAUAUAAUCAGUCCCCCCCCUUCUUUUUUGAACAUGCUGAGUCAGUCACCAUGUCUCAGCCUAAUGUACCUCACACAGGGCAGUUGUGAGGAUAAAAUUGAGGGAAGGGAAUCCUGCACGUUGCCUGCAGAAAAUGUCCAUAAUAAAUUGUAAUAAAUCCAUCUGGCACAGGAUGCUUUAGCUUAGAUUCUUGCAUUGUGGGGAGUUGGACUAGGUGACUGUUGGUCACUAAAUAAUAUAGUUUUGAUGAAUAAUCGUAAUAAUUUGUUUGAUUCACUACAAAUGCGCCAUUCCUCCUGUAGUUUGGGGUGUGCCCAUCUGUUUGCCCGCCUUAUAAUUUUCCUCCGACGUUUUAUUAGGAAGAAACCCUGCUGACCCCAAUGGGGUCUGUUCCAAAUCUUUUCACCUUUUCUUGUGUAUAUGUAAAAGCCCCCUACUCCCCCCCCCCCGCCGCCGCCGCCUUGCUCCCCUUCUUCAACCCUUUCUCUCUCGUGGAUUUGCGGUGGUGGUCUUCCUUCCUCGACCUGGGAAACCAACAUAGCCCUCCGGGCCUUUCUGACGAGAGCCUGCGAGAAGCUAAGAAGACGCCAGAGGGCGUCGGCGGUGGGAGGAGCCCCGUCCAGGCCGCCGCCUGCGCUGCUGCUGCUGCUUCUGCUACCACCAGCACCACCACCAGGGGGGCCUUCUUCAGGCGAGCGCCUCAGCCGCGGCGGGGCGGGGCUUUGGGCCGGCAGCCCAGCUCCUUCGCUGCCCUCUCUGAGGGGAAAACAAAACAAGGCGAGAGGCGGAGGAAGCUGCUCGUCUAGAGGUCGCCUGCGCGGGAGGCGGCAGCAGGCAGGCUGCCCGGCUUGCUGGCUGGCGUUCUCGCCUGAGCAUCCCUCCGGCUCGGCGGGGCGUGAGGUGAGCGAGGAGGAGGAGAAGCGAGGCUUAAAAGGGGAGCGAAGAGCCAAGGUGGGCAGGGCGCCCUCGAGGUGCUGCUGGGGGUUGGGAUGGCGGUGCCUCUGGGAUUCACCUCAGAGGCAGCGGGUGGGACGAGGCGGCGGCGGAAGGAGACCGGCUUUUUCGGCUCUCUUUUUUCCUGCGCCUCUCGCUCGGUGCCUCCGACGUCCCGUUUCUCUUUAUCGCCAGUGCAGGCGCCACAAAAGGUUUAAUUUAAUUUUAUGUUGGGUGUCUGGGCAGCGCGAGGAGGGUGGCGGGUGGCUCAGGCCGGCCCUGCCAUUAGGCAGCGGGUUUUGGGGUGUGUGUCUCUGUGUGUUUCAAAUGCUGAAUAUUCAAAUUGAAUAUUUAUUAUUAUUAUUAUUAUUAUUUUCUGAUUGAUGUUCUUAUCUGCUGUUACCACCACCAGGAAUAGGAGAGUCAGGGUUUUAUGCCUGGGGACGUUUCUAUGGGGCCAACUGAAAUGUUGCCAAAUGGUGUGCAAGCUCGGAAGUCCUCUAGAUUUUUUCAUAAGUCUUCCCUAGAAGGCAGACAAAAAGCAAAAUGGGGUGGGGUCAAGAGAAAGAGAAAAACUUGGCUGUCAGGGGAAGGCCUCAGUUAAGCAUCAUUUUUCUCUCUUCUGCACCCGCUAACAUCUAAGCCCAGCCUUCGCCAACUUGGUGCCCUCCAAACAUUUUGCUCAGGGCUGGUGGAAGUUGUAGUCCAAAACAGCUGGAGGGCAUGAGGUUGACAAAGGCUGAUCUGACUUGAGGAAGAGUUCUGGACAACUUGGAAGCUUGCACACUUAUUUUGUGAUGUUUUGGUUAGCCUAAUGUUUGUUGUAAUUUUUGCGAGCCACCUAGAAUCCCACUUCUGGGGAGAGAGGUGGGAUAUAAAUAAAUAUAACCAUAAUUAAUGCAGCUAAUUUUUGUGUAAAAUAACUUGAAUAGUCUGUAGGUGCUGUACACCUUUACUGGGGUGGGGCACCAUUUGGUCCUCUGUCCCAGACAGCAAGAUGUCCUGGGCAGGCCCCUGUGAGGGGCUCUCAUCCCCUGCCCCUAAACAAUGCCCAUGGACAACAUUUUAGGAAUCCCUGCACUAGUGGAGCCUGACACCUGCAGCUGAGGACCAAGGCACUUUGGGUUGGAUGGAUUGAUGGCAGCUCCUGUUCCUUGUUGCUGCCAAGUCCACGUACAAGUGAAUGGGAGUUUUUGUUUGCUUUCUUAUCCACUUUUCACCAUGAGGUACUAGGGCAAUUAAAAAAUACAGUAUUAAAAUCAGUAAAAAUGACUCAUAUUCAGAGGGAAAGGGUGGGAACUACCAUUAGGGGCCCUCUCCGAGCUUAACAUUUUAGAAGGUCUGAAUAGAGUUUCCCCCAUUCACUUGUAUGGAACAGGGGAUAAGGGGCUGCUGCCAAAGUAAAUCUACUUUUCUUUAUUUCAGAUUUUGUAUACCACUGUUUAUGAGAAAGCCAGGAAAACAAACAACAAAAUAGAGCAACACAGUAUGUAAAGCAAAACAUCAGAAUAAUAAUAAUAAUAAUAAUAAGUUAUUAUUUAUACGCCACCCAUCUGGCUGGGUUUCCCCAGCCACUCUCGGCGGCUUCCAACAAAAGAUUAAAAAUACAUUAAAACAUAAUUCAUUAAAAACUUUCCUAUGUCUUCUAAACGUCAGAUAGUUGUUUAUUUCUUUGACAUCUGAUGGGAGGGCAUUCCAAAAAUAAGAUUUUACUCAAUACUCUUCCAUUCACUCAAUACCUAUACAAAUUCCAAACCUUUUGUUACACUUGUACUUACACAAGUACACAUUCACCCACACUUAAACACACAAAGAAGCACACUUUCCCUCACUCUGAUCAAUUUCUGGUCGCAAGAGUCCUCAGGAUGCAAUACAAAAGGACCAUACUAUAUCACUGGCAGCCUAGCACUAAAAUAAAUGGGCACUAGGCUCUCUUUUACUUGGAGAGAAUGAGGAAAAAGGAGAGAUAGCUGUGGUGAAACAAUUAUGUUGUCUACUUUCCCAGGAAAUAUUCCUAGGCACCAGAGAUUGUAUCAAUAUAUUUUGCUACCCUCAGGGUUAAAAAAUAAUGUUGCUGUUCCCUUCACCAUCUGUAUGAAAGAGUGGGAGAGAUGAGGUAAAGGUGUAAGAUGUAAGUUGCUUUGAAACAUUUUAUAUGUAAGUGACAAAUUGAUGAAAUAAAUACUACCACUACUACUAAAAGGGGACUGCAGCAUGGAGGAAAGUACACAAUCAACACCCACCCACACAUAUUACACUUCGUUGUCCUAGGAGCCUAGAGAUGGGGGAGGAGGGAUCAUGUUCCCCCUUUCAGGAUGAUUGAAAACGGCUGUUUACACAUGCACAGUUGUGUGUGCAUAGACUUCCAUGCAUUCAAGAACCCUAUGUGAUGGCAGUAGCAGGUCACAUGGGAAGCCUAUGUGUACAAAAGUGUAUGCAUAAAGCCCCACCCCCAUUUGUUGAAGUACUACUGAUGACAUGAAUGACUGAUGGGGCAGGACGAGGGGAUGUGGUUCUGCUCCCUUUCGUUGUGUUUAAUGUUACACAUAGAGGGCAUGUUUUCAAAGCCUGCAACUUCAUUGUCUCUGUUCUUUGUACUGAUAGCAAUGCUUUGCAUCUUUUUAAAAGGGAUAUGAACAACUGGAGUACCUUGAGUUAAAUCUGCUUUUUUAAAAGAUGCUACCUGACAUAGCAGGGACGCGGGUGGCACUGUGGGUUAAACCACAUAGCCUAGGGCUUGCCAAUCAGAAGGUUGGCGGUUCGAAUCCCUGCAACGGGGUGAGCUCCCAUUGCUCGGUCCCUGAUCCUGCCAACCUAGCAGUUCAAAAGCACAAAGUGCAGUAGAUAAAUAGGUACCGCUCCAGCAGGAAGGUAAACGGUGUUUCCGUGCGCUGCUCUGGUUUGCCAGAAGCGACUUAGUCAUGCUAGUCACAUGACCCAGAAGCUGUACGCCGGCUCCCUCGGCCAGUAAAGUGAGAUGAGUGCUGCAACCCCAGAGUCUGUCACGACUGGACCUAAUGGUCAGGGGUCCCUUUACCUUUUACCUGACACACCACAAUUGCCAGUUGGAAGGCAAGUGACUUGUGGAGAAGUGGCACCUGUGGCAACUUUAUUGAAGGCUAUUCAGGGAAUGGGGGCAAACUGGCCCACCACCCCUCAAUCCAUCUUAAGCUGGAAAACUAGUUGGUGCUGACCAUGACCAUAGAAACAUAAAGGAUGGUGUAUACGUAUUGCAUUGGAAUGGUUUUUAAGUAUCUUGUUUUCAAGAACUUGCAGCCUGAUUAUAAUUGUGUUUCACUGGAAAGUAGAGUCCACUGAAAUCAGUAGGAAAUAUUUCUGAAUAAAGUCACUUGAGUUUAGGGUAUUAGUCUGACAGCACCCUGCAGACACUCACAAAUCAGGCACCUGAUUCCUGUGCCAGAAUUAAGUCUGUGUAAUUAGUACUUUCCUUUCUUUUCCUGCCUUCCCACUGUGCCAUUCUGUCUCCUUGUGUAUCUUAGGAUACAUUUACACUUCCCAUUUUUAUCUACAUAGGGGUUCUGCUAAUUUACACAGCACAGAUUCAUACUUCCUCUGUGAUGAUAACCAAACUUCUUUUGCUUUAGUUUGAUAGUAGGAACGCGGGUGACACUGUGGUCUUAACCACUGAGUCUCUUGGGCUUGCCAAUCGGAAGGUUGGCAGUUCAAAUCAGCAUGAUGGGGUGAGCUCCCGUUGCUCUGUCCCAGCUUUUUCCAACCUAGCAGUUUGUUUUUGUUUUUUUUAAGUAAUAUUUAUUGAGAAUUUUAAGAUUACAAAGAAACAAAGGAAAAAAGAAGGAAAAAACAAGUAGCAUUUAAACAAUACAAAUCAAUAAUAAUAAAAAAACAAGGUCAAAAAGAAAAAAAACACAUAAUACAUCAAAAUCAAAAAGCAAAAAUAGACAAAAAAUUUAAAAACAAAUCCAAUAUUCCUAAAUCAUUAACUGUCAUUACCUUGUUUCAUCGACCUCCUCACACCUCCCUUUUUUGUAUUCUAGUUGUUAAUUAUCUCAGCAAAUCCUUUCCAUCUUUCAUAAUAUUCUGUCAUUAAAUUACCUUAAUCUAUUUUAACCUUAUCUUACCAUAAAAGGCCCUAAAACUUAAAACUUAAAUCUUAUUUAUGCCAAAUUCUCUUAACCAUGACAUAUUCUUACAUAAUUCUUUUAAACAUUUCUGCUAAAGCCAAAUAAUUUCAUUCCAACAUUUUUCUAAUACUCUUUACUUUUACAAGAUUUUCCUAAAUAAUUUGUUUAAAACUUUCUUCCAAUCUUCAUCCAACGUCUCUUUCUCCUGGUCUCGGGUUUUGUCAGUCCUUUCUAUCCCAUCCAUCUAGUCCAUCAACCUGGUAACCUUAUAUCCGAGGCCCUUUGGUCUCUUCCAUGUCCCAUCCGCAGAUCUUCUUCAUAUUUAUACCUGUUCUUUACUUUGUCUUCUGCUCCUUUCACUCGGGGAGACUCCAGCUUGACAAUGUUUUUGUCCCUUCUUGACAGAUCAGCCCCUUUUCCAAAGUCAGCACUGAACUCCAUGUGGUAUUUAAAAGCAUGUUUCAAAGUCCCUCCAAAGUUAAGGGCCCGCACAACUCUGAACGCCUCCCGGCCCAAAGCCAGACUUGAAAGGUCAAAACAUCCCUGCAUAGGGGGGUCUAUCCAGCCCCCCCAUCUCCAAGCCAAACAGAACUCUGUCUCUCCAAAUCUGGCUUUCUCCAGGUUCAUUCGUCAAGUCCAACAACUCAUGUUCCUGCUGGGCCACAGUUCCCUCCAUCUCUGCCUCACUAGGUCCAGCAACAACCUCCUCCCUCAUCUGAUCUGUCAAAGCACACUCCUGAGUUAAUUCCUGAGUGGGUUCUAAAUAAGUACCCACUGCCUGUCCAAACUUUCCGAUCCCAACAGUCAUCAAAUCCAUCUUCUCAUGUAACUGUUCCAAUAAAGCACUUGUCUUACAAAAGGCCAACACCAGAGCCUCCGAGUACAUUCUUGUUGAAGGUCAGAGUCCGUUCCCACGAUCUUAAUCUAUUGCAGCUGCAAAGCCCCCCCAUUCGAAUUUAAUAACAGUUUCACAAGCUCCCUCUAGGGGAAAAAGCUUCUAUUUGUAUCCAUCUCUCUCUCUCUUUUUUUUUUUUAUAAAAAAAGCAAAUCUAACAACAAAGUUUCCUUUUUCAGAUAUUUUGUCAAUAUUUUGUUCCUUUUAGAUGCGAAGGGGAGCAAUGGAAUCAAUAUGUUUCUCUUCUUUUAACUAUCUGUCAAAAAUGUUUGUCUAUAGUCAAUGAACUUCCCGAAGAUGUCUGUCCUGACACCCCGCUCCCAGGUUCAGGACGGUGGAGAAUUGCUUUUCUUUACUUGUCUUCUGCAAGUUUAAUCAGUCCAGAAAAAGUUCCCCCCUCUUCUCCUGCUUCCAAGGGGGGUCAGUAAUUUUAAAUGAUGAAAAUUGAUCCUUUACAAACGAUUUUCUAAGCUCUAGCUUGCCGUGUCUUUGCUUCAAUCUAUUUACAAAAAGCAGAAGGCAGACUUCCUGUUUAUACCUUUCCGCUUCAGUGCCAAAUUAAAGGAAAGGAAAUUUCUUAUUCCAAUCUUCCGUUCUACUCACGGACAGUUAUUUAAGCUCCAAUUGUCCACAGGAAAAAGUCAGCGCUCUCCGGCAACAGCAAUGCGGCUUCACUCCGUGAAAGAAGCAGUCGAUUCAAGGCACCGUGCCACUCACUCCACGUCUCUCCGGAACCCCGAAAUCGGGUUUCCCCGCAAGUAGGGGGCGCGCAAAGGUACCGGCCGAAUCCCACGUCCACAGGCUUCUCCCGCCUGUGGUUUUUGAUGGGUCUCCGCCUCGCCGUGGCGGUUCAGACCCUGUUUUCCACGGAGCGGAUUCCUCCCGAUCGGAGGAAAUCCGCCAUUGCCAGAGGCGCCAACCCGGAAGUCCCUCCAACCUAGCAGUUUGAAAGCACACUAGUGCAAGUAGAUAAAUAGGUACCGCUGUGGUGGGAAGGUAAAUGGCAUUUCUGUGUGCUCUGGCUUCUGUUACAGUGUUCCAUUGUGCCAGAAGCAGUUUAGUUAUGCUGGCCACAUGACCCAGAAAGCUGUCUGUGGAGAAAUCCCGGCUCUCUCAGCCCGAAGCAAGAUGAACGCUGCAUCCUAUAGUUGCCUUUGACUGGACUUAACCAUCCAGGGGUCCUUUACCUUUACCUACCUUAGUUUGGUAGUAGUUUCACUUAUGCCAAACAAUGCCAUGAAUAUCCUGUACUCCUCUGCAGUGAAUAUUCAACACAGUCCUUAUUUAUUUUAGUCCACUUUAUUGAGAUCCUAAUACUUGUAUAUUCUACAGAAUAUAUGAUGCUGAUUCAUGAGACAGAAGGAGAAAGCACUGUGACCAGCUACUGAUUUCUGGGAAGGCAGUUUUAAAAAAUGCUGAAAUUGUUGAUGCUGUCGUACAAAGUUUGUAACUAGUGUGCAAGCCGUUGUACAAGCCGUUUAAUCAGUAAGUACAUACUAACUGACACAAAAUUAGCAUUGGAGAUUUGUUUGUAUGUUGUCAUUGUAGUUCCUGCUAUAAAUCCACUGUGAACUCUGUAUUCAAUUUUUUAUUUUAGUUUUUCGUGUAAAUAGCAGUAAUGGGCCUUCCCUCAUCUUCCAAUUUAUUCAAAAGUAUUCAAAAACACCUAGAAUUUGUAGGUUUCUCACUGCCCCCCCCCCAUAUUUCAUUGUCAUUUAUAGUGACACCUUUAGUCUGAGAACACAAAUUCUUUAUGAAUGUUUGCCAAACAGCAGCAAAACCAUCUCUGAAUUUGAGGGGUGGGGUGGGUGGUUUCAUGUUUGGGUUUGAUUUCUAUUGCUUGUUUAUUAGAAAUCCACUUUCCUGUUAUUCUUAUUGUUACUGUUAUUACUAUUUAUUAAAUUUGUAUUCCACCCUCCAACUGAAGAUCACAGAGUGGUUCACAACAUAAAUAUACAAAAUGAGAGUGCAAAUAUAUAAUAAAAACAAGAAUGAGAACAAAAAACCCCUCCUACAUACACAUUUAAAAGGAUAUAGAAUGUUAAUCAGCCAAAGCCCUGAUUAAAUAGGAGCAUUUUUGUCUGGCACCUAAAGAUAUAUCAUGAAGGUGCCAGGUGAGCCUCCCUGGGGAAAGCAUUCCACAAAUGGGGAGCCAUUCUGCACAUUGGUUUGUACUUUGUGGUACAGUCUUUCUUGCAAUUGACAAUUUCUCUCUCUGUUUACCUGGGGGCUGGUUCACACAUAUACAGUGGUAUCUCGAGUUUCAAACUCCUCAGGUUACAAACGCUUCAAGUUACAAACUCCGCUAACCUGGAAGAGUUACUUUGAGUUGAGAACCUUGCCCCAGGAUGAGAACGGAAAUCGUGUGCUGGUGGUGCAGCGGCAGCAAGAGGCCCCAUUAGCGAAAGCACGCUAAUUAAGAACAGUUUCAGAUUAAGAACAGAUCUCCGGAACGAAUUAAGUUGGUAACUAGAGGUACCACUUUACUCAUGAAUGUCUCUGCCCCAUUUAUUCAAUUUCUUAAUCAAAAAAGAAUGAGAAGGACCAUAAAAAUUUCAUCUCAGUUGUUAAUUCUAGUUAAUUCUGGCUGAAACCAAGCAAAUACAGUAUAUAUACUGAUUUUCUGGUGUUUUUCUGUAGACUCAACACAGUAACAAUGUAAAGAAGACUGAACCAGUGAAACUGACUGUCCAGAAAGUUACAGGCCUCUGAGCUGAUGAUAAAGUACAACUAUUGUUUGGUGUAGAAGUAUUGCUCUUAAUCUUUUGUUAUGAUUACGAUAUUAGGAGUAAGCUGUGGGAUUGUGUAUUUCAUCCCUCUAUGGCACUUACUCAUUUCACCCUUCCUCUCAUAGCUUUAACCAUGGUCAAGGAUUUAUGCCUAUAUUGAUCUUGGGCAUGGUCAGUGCUAACCCAUGCACCCAUUGUAGUCAUGGUUUGGAAAGCCUAUUCAAGAGAGAACAUGGUUAGAGGAUGCAUGGCUAAUGCUGGUGCAGACAUAGGCUGUCUGAGGAAUGGCGAGAGCAAUUUGUAUGCAUGAAAAGAGGGUGUGCAUGAUACAAUAGCCUGCUCUCAAAAUGUUGACAGUCAGGAACAUUACAACUGUGUCCCCUGAAAGAGUUUUUGGUGUGUUUUCUAAGAGAAACAAUAAUGCGAUGAUAUUCAUGAUGUUGAGAUAGAAUAAAUUGGGAAAGAGUAUCAAUUCAGCUGCAGACAGCAGAAGUAUCACUGAGAAUAGUACUGCCUUCUGUUGUUUCAAAGGGAAAUGUAUUCUAGUGUGGUUUUCCUUUCACAAGAGGAGCUCAGGUUACUUAUGUGACACCGACCGCUAAAAAUAACAAUAGGUUUAUUUGUGAAGCAGUAGUGUUUGUUCGACUUAACAUAGUCAAUUUUUUAACAACUGGUUUGAUCAGAUAUGAUGCAACGCUAGUUAAACUAAAGCCAGAAAGUUCCUCCCUCCCCAGUGUAUGAAAGAGUUUGUCUCUUACAGCAUUGAACUUCCAGCUGGUGGGUGGAAGGUCCCAAGUGGAUGUGACCCAGGAGUGGUCACCUUUUUGUGUUUAAGAUCUGUUUAAAGAGUAGGUGAAAGAAAAGGGAGAAAGAGAUAGUAGAACAGAAACAACAGGUAACCUGCCCCCAGCCCCAAAGUAAGUCUUGUAUGUGUGUCCUAUAUCUAAAAAGGUUGACUAUUGCUUCCUGAUAUGAUAUUACACUUUCUAUGGUUUUUAUUUUUUAGGCAUAUUCUAUUCAUUAUUUAUGUAUUUGUUUUAUUAGUUGCCUAAUGUAAAAAUAAUUUCUAGGUGACUUACAAAGAGAAUAAAAAUAAAGAGUUCUAAACCUAGCAACCAUUAGUACAGUAAUAAAACAAUCUCAAGAACCAAAUGAACAGAAUAUGGUCCAUGAUAACCCAUCACAAUCUACCAGAUGCCUAACAAAUGUUCCUUAAUUAACCUGUGCUAUGAUUAUAAGCAGAAAUGUCUGAUUUUCUAGACAGUGCAUUAAUUCAGAGAAUGAAUGACUAAUUGGAUGAUUUUACUGAUGGAUGUCUGGAAUGUGAUAAAAGCCAAGCUUGAUAUGAAGGGGGCUUGUGCUUGAUGGAUGGUGCUCUAAAAAUGCAAAAGGACAUUCCUAAUGUAAGUUAAAUAUAACAAAUGGGCUGUGUGUACAUAUUUGUCCUGCCUUAUUGUAAAGAACAUCAACUCCAGAGGUAUGGUUCCAUAAAUACUUGUCCCUUCUGGAUUUUGUGUUGUCUGUGCUGUCUGGUUGUGACCUCAAUUAGUAUGCUUCCUAAGUGGGGCCUAUUUGGAGAUGACAUUUUUCUGCACUGAGAUAAUUUCAGUGUCAGAAGACAUUAUGUGUAAAGUGGCCUUAUUUUUGAAGUUUCUGUAGCUGAACAUAUAAAGCUGCCUUUACAUGCUCUACCCAACCCAGUAUGGGGUUGUAUCCAAUGCCAGUCCUACUCUGAGUAGAGGCUUGAAAAUCAAUGGCCAUUACUAACUCCAUUAAUUUUGAUGGGUCUACUGUGAGUAAAACUUAGAUACAACCCAUGGACUAUUUAUGUUUGCUGGCAGUGGCUUUCCAAGGUCUUAGACAAUAUCUUUUACAUCCUUACAAUUUGAGAUUCCUUAACUGGAUAUCCCGGGGGUGGAACCAGGGAUCUUGUGCAAACAAUUCAUCUCUAGCAUUGAACUAUGGUCUCUCCUCAAAGCUAAAGUGCCUCUGGAGCACAAUUUCUGUUCUCAUCCUGAAGCAAAGUUCUUAACCCGAGGUACUAUUUCUGUGUUAGCGGAGUCUGUAACCUGAAGCAUCUGUAAUCUGAAGCAUCUGUAACCCGAGGUACCACUGUAGUUAUAAUAAUACAGCAAGCAGUAAAUGAAUUUUAAAUGAAUAAUUAUAGCAAAAGGCACUUGUGACAUUACUUUAAUACAGCCUUGCAAGUAAGUCCACAAAGGUUACUAGCUUGUCUGCCCAGACACACACCUUUUGAGAUGGUUUGGAAGGGGGAAAAGAGUGAACUAUUUUCCAGCAUACUAAAACUUUCCUGUCUUACUGGAGGCAAUUCUUGCCCACUAUAGACAAGGCAUGUGGCUAUUUACAGGCCUGCUUUAAGACUCAAUUUUGUGCAGGCUUUGGAGUGAAACUUUUAAUGAGUAAUUACCAGAGAUCUGCUACAAAGACACUUGUGUAAUGUGUGCUGUACUUACUGUGAUGAAGCAUUUUAAGACUUUAUAGUUUAAAAUUGGUUUUGAGCAGUAGUCCUGUAAUAAAUGCUUCAAUGCUGCUUUUUGGUUAUAUGACUAAUUGUAUCCCACCUUUCACACUAUAAAUCAAGAAUGUCUCAGGUUUGUUUUGCUUUGUUUGUUUGUUUGUUUAUAGCGCUUAUACAUUACUCAAUAGCCAAUAGAGCUCUCAAAAAGUUAAUUGCUAGUAUUUAAUUAUAUCUUUCUCUUUUGUUGUAGUUUGGGGUUGGCCAAAGGUUGCAGUGGAUACAUGUGAAUAUCAUCAUGGAAGAGAGAGAGAAUUUUUCACCUCUGAAUUCACUGACUGAAUAUUACCCAAUUAAGGAAGCAGACAAAAUAGAUCAAAGUGGCAAUACUCAAAUAAAUGAAGGAAACCAAGGAACAAUGCAGCUGAAAAAGGAAAUCUCUCUUCUUAAUGGGAUUAGCCUAAUAGUAGGAAACAUGAUUGGUUCAGGUAUCUUUGUUUCCCCCAAAGGAGUACUCAACUACAGUACAUCUUAUGGAUUGUCACUAGUAAUUUGGGCAAUUGGUGGGAUUUUUUCAGUAUUUGGAGCUCUAUGUUAUGCUGAACUUGGAACCACUAUCACUAAAUCAGGAGCUAGUUAUGCAUAUAUACUGGAGGCCUUUGGAAGCUUCAUUGCCUUUAUACGUCUGUGGACUUCACUAUUGAUCAUUGAGCCAACCAGCCAGGCAAUUAUUGCAAUAACAUUUGCCAACUAUAUCGUGCAGCCUGUCUUCCCUUCCUGUCAACCUCCUUACAUCGCUUGCCGAAUUAUUGCAGCGGCUUGUAUAUGUAAGUAUUUUAUUAACAAAAGUGCUGCCUUGAUGUAGGCUUGGGAAAGAAAGGAGUCCAUCUAGGCAUCAGUUGCAAUGAUUCAACAGUCAAAUAUGCUUCCAAAACAGUUAAAUUAGUUAUGGCAAGAUUAAUGACAGAAGGAGCAGGGUUGAAUUUGUACAGCAGGGCUGUACUUGUUUGAAGACCACUUGAAUGCUUGAGAUAUCCUUAGUCUUGAGUAGCCAGAAAUAGGAGCAAGAAAGUCUUGAGCUGUAGGCAGAAAAUCUUCUAGCAUUCCUAGGAUUAGGAAUUUCUUAGAGGAACCAACAAGGGCCAGUAUAUUAUUUCCAACUUUGGCCAGCUCUUUGUGUUUCUGGGAAUUAGGACAUGAAUUGGGACAUGAAGAAGACAGUGAUUCCCUGUUUAUCACCAACAUCUGCUAUGUGGAGAAUUUUUUAAAAUUAUUUUUAAUUUUUAAUUUUUUUUGGAAUAGGAAUCUUCCAUUUAGUUUUUUAAUGGUUAGGAGGAAUAGUUUUUUUUUAAAAAUCUAGGUUCAGAUCUUGAAAUCCAUAUUUCCCCUGAACAACCAUGCAUACUAACUGGUUGCUAUAACAGUGAGAACAUUAUUUAGUUUGCAACUAAAUAUAGCCUUUUACAACCUAGGAGCAUAAGCCAGAACCUUUGGCCAUGCAGCCCACAUGUCUCUUGCACUGCAAAAUUUUGUCUGCUUAAGAUAUAACAGGCAGAUUUUUGUUUGGCUCUCUCUGUACGUAUGCAAGGAGAUUAGGCAAGAUUACUUACUUGAAGGCUAAGACUGCAAACCUGGCACACUUACUGAAAGUAACUUACUGAAAGUACUAUGCACAUUCACUGAAUAUGUAUAUGAGGAGACUAAGGAACUUUCCAGAAGCAUUGGAUAAUUGUUAGCAGGAAAAAUAGUAGGCAAAACAGGUAGAUAUCCAUGCACUUUGACAAGGGUUGUAAAUAUUCAAAAUUUGCAACAUCUUUUAGAAUGCAGGUGAGAGGCAAUAAAGUAGAAGUGCAAAAUUAUUCAUAUGAGCUUAGUGGACAAUUGUAGUAAGAUACAGAAAAACAUCUUUUACAUUCUGAUGUUUGUAAUGAUUUGCUAGUUCUUGGGCCUUAUAGAAAGCUCACAGUAAUAAACAGGAUACAUUACUUAUUGUCAAGGUCGCCAGCCUUUUUGGACCAGGAGGCACAACAUGGUUGUUAUGGGGGGCAUAGCAUAAUGCAACAUGGCACCACAACACAAGAUUAGAGAAAAUACUAUCAUGGUGAUUGUAUUUCCAUUUGAGAAAGAAAUUAACCUGUUGAAUUUCUGCCCGGAAAAUAAGACAGAAGCAGGAAAAGUGCACUGAAGAGGAGGGGGAAACAGCAGCUCUUUAAGACCCUAAGGAUUCCUAUUACCUGGUGUCCAAACAACUCACUCAUUGGCCAUAGAACUGUCUUCACUCAUUGGCUAUAAAUUCCACAUUUCACAGAAAUCACUUAGAAGGGUAUCUGUACAUUUUGGUCCAUCCCUUUGUUUGUAGGAGGACUUUAGACUUUGUAAAGUCUUUUUUUCAGAGUCUGGGGUCCCUGCCUGGGUUUGCCAGUGAAGGCCUUUGUUGGCACCAUGGUCCUUGUAGCCGCUUGGUUGGUGACCCCUGGCUUAUUGUGUUUGUUACUAUACUUGAGAUCAUCUCAUUAUUUUCUCUUACGAAGAGAAUAAGCUUUUAACUCUGUGCUGAUCUGGAUUCAUUUCUAUAGGCUGUAAAACCUUAUUUAGGCUUUAAUCCAAAUGCACGAGGACACAAACUGUGUAGGGGAUGCAUGCACCAUCCAGAUGUGUACUGCCCACUGCACUCCACUCCCGACUUUCACGUUGAAUGUAUGACAGUUUGAGGAUGCACAUUUGGCUGAAUACACUUAGAAUCACCCUUCAUAUCUUUCUGUUGAAUGCACAAUGGUUGGGAGUAGAGGGUGUGGCACCACACUCCCUGCACAGUUUGUCCUCUCCUCCUUUGGCUGAAUGCUUCACUGGGACUUCAGUGAACUUAGCAUGUUUGUCUGGUUGUUUAAGAUCUGAAGCUGAUAACCAUAUAACAAAAUCAGAAACUAUGGUUAAAGCAAUACUUCAGCAUUUUGUUUGAGUAGAGUUGUGAAGGGUGUGCACAGACAAAAGGCUUACACAUAUCUUGACUUGUUAAGACAAGCUACAAUCAUCCAAAUAUGGCUAUUAUUGUUCCUUUAUUUUCUUGCUCCCCAUUUGUGACUUGAUUAGAUUAACUAAAUUCAAAAGUUGUGAAUUUCCGCAUUUUAUUUGUUAUUACCCUUACUGUCAUGAUGUAUUUUCUGUUUCUUCAUUUGGAGUGCUUUGAAUUGGGGCAGCAUUAAAAGCUACUUUUUAAGUGGCUGAAAUUCAGUGAAACUGGUUUGUCUUUUUUGAGCUUUCUGGGGAACUACACAGUCUGUCAACCUUUUCCUGGCAGUUAGGAUUUGAGUGGUUUUACCACCUUGGCUAGAAUUAGUGUGGGGCUGAGAAGCACAGAUUGGAAUGAUAUAUUAUUAUUAUUUGUAAAUGAACCCAGGAUAGGAAAACAUGCGCAUAACUCUGGUUGGUGUGGUGGUUUUUUACUCACAAGAAGUCAAGAAAACAUUCUUUCCCCAAGUCAGUGGAAACAGUGAUGUGUUAGAAUAUUGACACGAUUAAAAUAGUUUUUAUUUCAGGAUACACUCUUUGCCUUGAUCUGUGAUCUCAGGGGCUAGGAAGGAAAAUGCAGUUGUGGAUACUAAGUUGCGUAAAAACCAAUAAAUAAAUACUCUUCUGCUAUACUGAGACAGAGAGAUUUCAUCAUACUGUUGUUUACUGAGUAGUUUCAUAAGUACUUUGUGUUGUCAUAAGAUACUCCCUGUGUAUCUAGGUUGGCUUGUCAAAUAGAAAGAACUUGAGUUGUAGGGCAUGGUAAUAAGUUGAGUAGCCUUUCGAAAUGUUACUAGAAGUAUCCUUUUCAAUUUCAGCUUCUCAUAAUCUAGAAGUAAACCUGCCUCUCUUUAGUCAAUCUCUUCCCAUUUCAUUGAGCAGUUCAGGACUUGCUGAAAAAAGAUGAGAAAUUCAGCCAUUUUUUCCUGCAGUUUGUUUAUAAGCAAUUUUUACAUUUUUGUGAUGGCUGAAAAUGUUUUUAUUGCUUUCUAUUUUUCUGAAAUAAUCAAGAAUAUGAGAAUUAAGGCAUUUCAAAUGGUUAAAGGGAAAGGAGCAUUUAAUUUUGCAUUGCCUUUUGCAUUGCUUUUUGCUUCUUCAUUUCUUAGUAAAUGUUUUUUUAAUGCCAUCAAAAUGGUUCGCUUAAGAUGUUUCCCUGGACCAUGGAACUACCCUUAAUUUUUUCUAGCCCUUUAGGUCUAGUGGCUUGGGUAUUUUUAACCACUAUACUGACAGACUGUGUUGUCAAAGAGUUUUUAAGUGGUGAUUCCUAUUUUCGAUAAGAAUGUUGUCAUUUAAAAUGUGUAUUUGUUUGCAACCUUCCUUCAUUCCAAAGGUACAAGAUUACUCCUAAGAUGAUAAUUAGACUGCAAAUUGGGCCAAGAAGUAUUUUCAUGCCUUCUAAACCCUCUCCUUAGAUGUGCAUAUGUCCUGAAAUCCUUUCUGCUUUGCAGUUUGUUGGAAGUUAACCAACUGUUAAAUAACAGACAAGUUUUAGUAAUAAAACUGUGUCUUUAUAAAUACAGUUUUUCCUUAUCCUGAUUUCCUAAGCUUAUUUGCUCAAAUAUGUAAUUGUGACAUGUUAGCUCUAGCAUGGAGAAGAAUUUCAAACCAAUGACUGAUUUUUAAAAGACAAAAACAAAGCACUUUCUAAUGCCUCCUUGCUUCCCUUUUUGUCUCCUAGGUCUUCUAACGUUUAUAAAUUGUGCCUAUGUUAAAUGGGGAACAAGGGUGCAGGAUGCAUUCACCUAUGCCAAAGUCAUUGCCCUUAUUGUCAUCAUCAUAACAGGAAUUGUUAAACUAAGCCAGGGUAAGAUUAAUAGCUUAAUGUGUUUGUUCUGAUCAGAAGAAAAAUGUUAAGGAGCACUUACUGGGUUAUUGAUAAAAUUCACAGCAGUUUCAGAUCCCUUCAAAAAAUAGGAAGCUUCAGGUAUGGUAUGUUACCAACUUUCUAAUUGAACCAACUUCUGCUUAUAAAACUAGAACUUGCAUCUGUACUCUUAGGUAGGAAUGAAGGCAAAAUUGAAAAUAAAAACCCACAGUAAGAUAGUGACUUAACAUAAAUCUGGGAACUACUUGUGGUUUUACUCUGAAAUUUAAAAUCAUAUGUAAAAUAUACAGGUGUGGAAGCAUGGAGGAGCAGCUUCUUAAUGCUUUCACAGACACACCAGAUGCUCCCCUCCUCCCAAUAAAAAAUAUCUGCAUCCUUCUGCAGCUUCAUUUUUGUUGUGUUAUGUAUGCCCUUAAGUUGAUAACUACACAUGACAAAGUGUUGCAUAUAGCUGGGCCUUUAUUUUACUUAGUCAUGGAAAUAUUAAUCUAGUUUUAUUCAUUGAUUUUAUUGAAGUUCAUUUAUAUCCCACCUUCUGUACCUCAGUGGCAGAGCACCUGCUUUUCAUGUAGAACAGGGUUGGCCAACUCCCAAGAGACUGCGAUCUACUCACAGAGUUAAAGACUGGCAGUGAUCUACCCCCUUUUUGGGGUUCAGGUCUAACUUGUUGAGCUUAUUUUAGGGAGGAGGGAAGGCCCGUUUUUGGGGGGGUGAAGGACCAAAAUGUUGAGCUUUUUUUAGAGGAGCCAAAGUUGUUCAGCUUCUUUAGGGGGAGCCACUGAUCUACCAGUGAUCUACCGGUAGAUCACGAUCUACCUGUUGGACGUGCCUAAUGUAGAAGAUCUCAUGUGCAAUUCUCAGUAUCUCUAGAUAGGACUGGCAAACAUGUCAGCCUGUCAGUCAGUCAGUGUAAGCAAAACUGAGAUGGACUGAUGCAAUAGUCUGCUUUGGUAUAAAGCAGUUUCCUAUGUUCCAUCACAGAACUCAAGGUGGUGCACAUCAGCUUCCCAGGUGGCUUACCAUCCAGGCACUGACCAGACCCAAAUUUAUUGGCUUUAACAGAUGGCUGCAUUAAGUUUCCUUAGACCAUGUCCCCUAAGGCAUUUUAGGCACUUCAGGCCAUUUGUUUUCACCCUUAACAAUACUCUAUGUACAUUUCAAAGUGUCUGCAGGUUUCUCUAAAAACUAAAAUUUUCAGUGUAUUUUUUGAAAAAUUGUUUUUAGCCUUCACUGUUGUAGAAGAAUAGCCUCUUUGACACAUUCAGAGUAACUGGAACCUGUUUUCUAGUGAAGUGAGUGUUUUAAGACACAGAAGUGGUGCCUGUUGGGACUGGUAAUGCAGAAGGCAGCAGGACUAGCAAUAGGCGGAGCCAAAGCCAGUGACAGGUGGAGCCAACUAAUUCUACUUUUGUUCCCAUCCUCCUACCUGCUGAGUUCCACAAAGGCAACACUUGAAACUAAGGCAGAGGAAGUUGGCAGGCAGUGCCACCCCCUGGACUGGUUGUAAGAAGAAGAAUAAAAACAGGCAGGUGGAGGCUGGCUGAUGGCAGACUGAGGUUGCAGAGGGUAGUACCCCAUUUGUCCUAAUGGACCAGCCUCUCCUGGGGCACAGCAGUAGUGUCUUUACCAGGCCUUUGUAGAUAUUUCUCACAUUGAGAUAUUGCUGUUUUAGAAGUAGAAGUUGAAUGCACUCUUGGGGAUAUGGAAUUGGUUGUGCAGUUUAGUGGAUGCUAACUGGUCCAUAGAAUGGACAGUUUUGUUUCAUGUUAUAGGAGAGUACAAAAGGAUGGUGUUAGAGGGCUGACACCAUGCUAUGGCUGCUUAUUAUCCCAAAGCACACGAACUAGAUUCAGGUUUUUCCUUAAGGGAUUAUAUAUUACAAGAAUGCCACUGCUGAGAAAAAAAGGAUACCUUCUUGUUAUGGGGUAUGGGGAGUUGCUGGGUUGCAGUUUUAGUGACUGGCUAUGUUGAAUAUGAAGGGUGGCGCUGUGGGUUAAACCACAGAGCCUAGGGCUUGCCGAUCAGAAGGUCGGCGGUUUGAAUCCCCACGACGGAGUGUGCUCCCAUUGCUCUGUUCCUGCUCCUGCCAACCUAGCAGUUCGAAAGCACGAAGUGCAAGUAGAUAAAUAGGUACUGCUCCAGUGGGAAGGUAAACGGUGUUUCCGUGUGCUGCUUUGGUUCCCCAGAAGCGGCUUAGUCAUGCUGGCCAAAUGACCCGGAAGCUGUACACCAGCUUCCUCAGCCAGUAAAGUGAGAUGAGCGCCGCAACCCCAGAGUCAUCCAUAACUGGACCUAACGGUCAGGGGUACCUUUACCUUUUAUGUUGAAUAUGCCUUGCUACUGCCUUACCAAAAUGUAAGUGCCUUGGUUAGUUGAAUCUAACCAAGUGGUCUACAUGAUCUAAUGAGUACCUCAGGUUUAUGUAUGCGUAAUUAAUUUAAAACAGACAUCAAUCAUCACCACCACCAUUAUUAUUAUUAUUAUUAUUAUUAUUAUUAUGGUGGUGGUGGCUGAUGGUGUGUGUGGGCUUAAACCCCUUAAUUUCCAACUCCAAAUUGGCUCUGUCUCCUCACCCAAAUAACAGUUGCUAUCCAAAGAAAGUUGUUAAUGUGUACUGUAGACAUUGUACAUGCAGCUCAGACUCCCUUUGUGUUUUUUUGCAGGCAGGGGUUGCAAAGCAGUUCCUUUGUUCAAUGAGGUUAAACACUUUCUAAAUAGAAGAGUUUGGUCAGUGUCUUAUAAGUGUGUCUUUUCUGUGUUGUUUUUGUUUUUAUUAAAGUAAGUUUUUAGAUGAAAGAAAACUGGGCUCCCCUGCCCUUCCAAUGGCAAUUGGCUGUCAGGGUGCGACUGAAUAGAAUGGAAAUAGUGGUGGAUAGGUGUUAAUUCCCCCCCCCCCAUUCCAUGAUUCUGAUGAAGUCUCUCUCACAGAGAGAGAGAGAGAGAGAGAGAGAGAGAGAGAGACAGAGAAAGAGUGCUGUUAACACAGGGAGAGGGAAUUAUUAAACCUCCCACUGUAGUCUCUGCCCUAUCCAGGCUUCUCAAGCAGCAGCUAUUUACAUUAGAAAAAUGUUUGCACAUUAAUUUAUUUAACAAAGUUUAUAUAUCACUUGAUUGUAAUAGAACCUCAAAGCAGUUUAUAGGACAAGAAUUGCUUUGAUACAGCUAACAUCAUGUUGAGUUUGGCCCUGAGCUACCCUAUGCACCUUUAAGUGUAAUACUUCUGUUACAUUAACACCAGGUUGAUCCCAGAGCCAGUCAUAUUACGGGCAUUUACAAACAGCCUAUAUGACCUUUAUGUGCAGAUUGCUGACAAGGGUGCACCUAAAAGCAAAGAUCACAUAGCACUUUCCUCCUCAGCCAUGUUUUUCCUAUUGCCUAUUGUUCAACUUUACACAACUGAGCUUGCUGAAAUAUUUUUCCCAUGAGCUAUGGCAUGCUAGCUAUUGUAGGUUUAUCAGGGUUUUCACCUUUAUUAUUGAUUUUUUAGAACAAGCUUUGUUUCCUGUUUAUUUUGGAAGCAUUCUUAUUAUGCUGACUUGAGAAAAUAGGAAGUCUGCAUUUCUACUAUGCCAAACUACAUCUGUAUUUUAGAAGGACUAUAUGCCAUGUUCUUUCCUUAUCCGUUGGGCCUGUGCAGAAUAAUACAUUAAUGUUACACAAUGUGCUCUUCUGGUGGUAUGAUUUUUGCUUUUAAUAUAACCCUUUAUCCAUCACUGUUCUAACUUGGCUGCUAUUCCAUCUUCCCAAUGCUUUAUAAGGAGAUAAAGUGGUGAAUAUGGUGAGAAUAAACAGAUAUGCUGUGAUAUUCUUAAAUAUUGAACAGAUGUCUAAAUGAGACACUGCAAUGUUUUUAAAAGCUGCUUUUGCAGUGUUUGCCAAAUUAAACCAAUUAAGUUUAAAAGCUGCUUUUGUGAAAUUGCUUUUAUCCAGCUUAAAAACACACUUGGAAAGCAUGCCAAAUUGGACAAUAUUAAUUAGCUUUUGUAAAUGGAAAGCUGCUGUAGUCUAGUAAUAGACCUUCUUUAAGUACCUCUAUUAAUCAUCUGUGGGACCCGGGUGGCGCUGUGGGUAAAAGCCUCAGCGCCUAGGACUUGCCGAUCGAAAGGUCGGCGGUUCGAAUCCCCGCGGUGGGGUGCGCUCCCAUCGCUCGGUCCCAGCGCCUGCCAACCUAGCAGUUCGAAAGCACCCCUGGGUGCAAGUAGAUAAAUAGGGACCGCUUACUAGCGGGAAGGUAAACGGCGUUCCGUGUGCUGCGCUGGCUCGCCAGAUGCAGCUUGUCACACUGGCCACGUGACCCGGAAGUGUCUGCGGACAGCGCUGGCUCCCGGCCUCUAGAGUGAGAUGAGCGCACAACCCUAGAGUCUGUCAAGACUGGCCCGUAUGGGCAGGGGUACCUUUACCUUUACCUUUAUUAAUCAUCUGUAUUUUUGUAAUUUUGGUUGUCUUAAAACUUUUGAGUGAUAUGGGCUAAAAUAUUUCAGUGAUGUGGGUUAACAGUUGUUAGGUCAAGACUUACGGAUAGCCAUCAGACUGUGGCACUGCUCUCAUUCAAAUGUCAACGUCAAUGUCAAUUAACCAUGGUUAAUAUUUUUCUGUGAACCUGUAGUUGGUUCGCACUUCAUUUCUUCCCAAGCAAAGUGGGAGCAACAUGCUGAGCCUUUGCUUAGUGUUAUACCUGAACUGGGAUCAUAGUUUGUUUCCUGACCAAACCAAAUAUUAGUAGUACAGAUAAUAUUUGAACCUGAGAACCAAUCUGUGAUGGAGAAACACAUUUUGGAUGCAUUUUUAUACAUAAAAUAUCUAGACUCUAGAUACCUUGUAUAUAAAAGAUCUUUGGCAAGAGGUGAAGUUGUAAUGCCAAGGCUGCCUGCAGUCAGUUUAAUUAACUGUGGUUUGAACUGCUGUGAGCCAAGUCUGUCUCUGAUAAUGCAUGUAAAUUGGGUAUGUAUUGAACAAGAGUUCCUCAGAAAUAAAGCAAUGUGUGUGUUUUGUGUUUUUUUUUAUAAAAUUUUAAAUUUCAUGCUUCUUUUUUAAAAAAAUUAUUUAAUCAUUUUUUCAAUACAAACAACAACCACAAAAAACACAUACAACAAAAAACACAAUAACAGUAAUAACACAAUUUAACAAUUCAGAUUUGAGUACUGAUAUACCUAUAACUACACCUUUUUAACAAUAAAGCAAUGUUUCUACUAACUGAAAUGCCCUUAUUUGCUCUAAAGGCAAGCAACAGGGAGAUGAUAUGCAGCCUGGUAUAUCCAUGCAGUAGAAUGAGGUGUUUGAUUGUCACUGUAGGCUAGGAAUACAAUUCCUUGAGUGUUCCUUCACGUAAAUAAAAAAAAAUAAAUUCUUUUCAAUUAAAUUAAUAACUUGUCAGGAGACAGUCUAGCCCAGACCGCAAAUUGCUAUGCUAGUUUUCUGCCUGCUAGUAGCCCCCCCCCCAUUUAUUUAAAUGCAAGGCAGCAUUUUAAAAUUUUAUUCUCUCCCGUCUAGUUAUGCCACGUGUGUGAGAGAGGGUGGUAGAUCUCACUUUGCUGUCUUCAGAGAGUUUGAGACUUUCUCAUUCUUCUUGCCUUUAUUUUCCACUAAAGUGUAUUAACAGUGCCAUCUGGUAUGGUUUCCAACACUGUUCUUAUUCCUCUACUUUUCCUUUACACACAGGAUACUCGGACCACUUUCAGGACUCUUUUGAGGGAUCAUCUUGGAAUCUUGGGGGUAUUUCUCUUGCACUUUACUCUGCCUUGUUCUCAUACUCAGGUUGGGACACCCUCAAUUUUGUAACUGAAGAAAUAAAACAUCCAGAAAGGUAAAUGUUUCUUAAAGCUAUUUCACCUUUUUCAGUUUGUUUAAAGUAUCUCCUAAGAGUCAAUGUAAUUAAAAAUUCAUCUUGAAGUGUGAGAAAACUUUAUCUCUAGCUGAAGAAAUAUUUUACAUGGACACAAACAAUUCUGAACCUUGACACUACAAAGAGUAACUAACAGAAUUUUGAAGCCUGAGAGACAUUAAGAAAAGCUUGACUGGCUGUAUCAAACUGCACAUUGUUUCCAAUUUGCAGGAUUGACAAAGCUGGACAUAGUCGUGGCUGGCCCACCCAUGAGACUAGGUGAGGUGACCACCUCAGGUGGCAGGAUCCAUAGGGGCAGCAGUCCUGGUGCCACCUCUACAGCAGCCUCUUGGAAAACAGGAGGCCCUGCUGGUCUCUUCCUAUCCCUGGGGGGGGGGGGGAAUUGUGAGGGUUGCCCUCUGGGGUCUCCUGGGUUUCACACCUGCCCAGAAUGAUUUAGAGCAGGCCCCUUCCCUUCACCCCACAAUGGCCCUUGAUCUCCACUUCAACCAUUGAUUAAGGUGGAUUUGAUUCCCUUCUGCCUUGUAUUAGGCCUAGUUCUCAUCGAUGCAACACUUUGGACUUUUAAAUGGGGGCUCAUAUAACUGAAUGACAGCUCCAUGCAAAAAGAAGAAUCUUUGUGCACUGAAAAGAUGGUGCCAGGGAAGAGUGUUGUAGCCUUGCCUUUUUCUAUUUAUAGCACUGUUUUCAGCAUGGAGGAACAGUCACGUAAACUUCUCCCUGCAGUGUGAAGUGGUACAGCCCAAACACCUCUGUGAGAAGUAGGCCACAAAAGUAAUGAAAAUAAGGCAUUUUCUUUAGCUUGUUUUUAAUAGAACUCCUAGUUCUCAUAUGAAGCUUUUAUCAGUCCAAACAUGAUUGUAAAUACCUGAUAUCCCCGUAAGGUAAAUAAAGGUAAAGGAUCACUGGACAGUUAAGUCCAGUCAAAGGCAGCUAUGGGGUGUGACGCUCAUCUCGCUUCAGGCCAAUGGAGCUGGUGUUUGUCCACAGGCAGCUUUCUGGGUCAAGUGGACAGCAUGAUUAAACCACUUCUGGUGCAACGGAUCACCAUGAUGGAAGUCAGAGUGCAUGGCUGCAGUACCUAUUUAUUUACUUGCAUUGGUAAGCUUUCGAACUGCUAGGCUGGCAGAAGCUGGGGCAGAACGGGAGCUCACCUUGUUGUGCAGAUUCAAACUGCUGACCUUCCAAUCAGCAAACCCAAAAGACUUAGUGGUUUAGACCACAGCACCACCCGCAUCCCUUGUGAUAGCCCAGUAGGUAUUAGUCAGGAUGAAAAGAGUAACAGCUACUUCUAAGUUGUGUGUUUUUGUUUUAUUUUGUUUCAUUUAACCAGGAACCUGCCUCUAGCUAUUGCUGUUUCUAUGCCAAUUGUGACAAUUAUCUACAUAUUGACCAAUAUAGCAUAUUAUACAGUGCUGGAUAUUAAUGCUGUGCUUUCUAGUGAUGCAGUGGCAGUGGUAAGUCUGAUAUUGCUAUUGUUAUGUGUGUUUAUGCACUUAUCUUUGAGUAAGUUGCAUCUUGAGCUGUGCAGCCUUUUUAUGAUUUAGAUGACCUAGUUUCUAUAUGAUCUAGAACUUCUGGGCACUGUUUAUGGCUAGACUACCUUUUGAUUUCUCCAAACUUGUGUGUAUACAUCCAAGUGAAUUGGCGACCGUCAUCCAGAAUGAAACAAACAACCUUGAAGGAUGCAGUUUGGAGGCUUAUAUAUAUGUGAAAAUGAACCUUCCCCAAGAAUUGUUUUCAGUUGGUUGACUGAAAUAUAAUUUGUGCAAAAAUAGUAAUGCUAAAUUUAUCAGAUUGGAUUCAGAUUAAGCAACUUUUUCCCAAUUUCAAUAGUAACUAAAAUUAAGUCAUGACUUGCAGUCACCAUUUGUUUGAAUGGGAACUUAGACCAACUAAUUUAGUCUGAAUUCAACCCUUUAGGGCUGUUAGAAAUUGGGGAAAUUGGUCACUUGCAAGGACUCAGACCAGCGUAGCAAUUCAUGGAAAAUGUUGUCUUAUUUAUAAUAGAAGAGACUCUGCAGAAAUGCUGUCACUUUAGGCAAGACUGGAAGUAGCAUGCAUGUGGGUUGGACAUGUAGAAAGUAAAAAUGUUCUGGAGAGAGUCUGCAUCAACACUGUAACAGAGUGUGUUCUUGGGCUCUUGCUUCAGGCAAGAGACCCAAGCCAGGUUGGAAGAAGUCGGGGGGGGGGGCAUGCAUUGCUCUAACCCACUAUCUUCCACUCUGACAAUGAAUGACAGAUCCUGUUGCUAAGAAUACUACUGGUUUGCAGUUUGGGUAAUCAUAGGGUGAAAUUGGGGAAACCUACUGACAACAUCCUGCUUGCUCCCCCACCCCCAGUCUUCUUAUACAGUUUAUUCUUUGAAUUGCAUGAUAUGUUUUGCAACUAAUGCACAAAAGGUAUUUGAAAUAUAUAUUUAUUUUAUAUUCAUUCCACUGUUGAUCUUUUGACAUCUCACCGACUAUCUGAUUUCUUAUCUAUUUACUUAUGUAGGUAUUUAAAUGCCUAACAUUUUUAGACAUCACUAUGGGGAUGAUAGGUUACUUCUCUGCUUUCUUUUCCAAGAACUCAGUUGUGUUAAAGGUCACUCCAAUUACUACAGAAUCCUAUAUAGGAUAUUUACAACUUUUUAAUGACAUAUGAGGGAUCUAAGCCUUUUUAGGUCAGCACACUUUACCAAACAAAACUGUUUUUUUAAGGGGGAGUUAAGCUGAGUAGUUAAGUUGUUGUGUCUUAGAACAAGCUUUUUAAAUUUUUGGUGUUUUGAUCAUUCUCUUUAGACUAAUCUAGCAUAGCAUCCCAAAUGUAAAAUUUCCAGGUUCAAAUACACAGCCAGAAGCUUCUUGUAAUUUGGCCAAGGUGAAAUUCAUUGGUGUAUGUUGCCUAUUUGUGAUUUUAAUCUUUUUAGUUAGAAGGGUUAUUGGAGCUUUAGGUAAUCAGAUUUCAUUAUUAAUCCAUUUAGUACUUUCUGACUGCAAUUCAGGAGAAGUUGCGCUCCAGAACUUGUCCAACUGUGCAAGUAUGAAACUGGAAUUAGGGACACAGUACUUACCUUUUUUUAAAAAAAAAUGAUAUUUAUUAAGCAUUUUAAAAUUACAGAAAAAACAAAGCGACAAAGAAGAAAAAAAACAAGGGAAAAACAAACAGCAAUCAAACAAUACAAAUUGAUAAAAAUCAAAAUCAAAAAACAAAAACAAAACACACAACACAUCAAAAUAAAAAAACAAAAGUAAACCACAAAAAUUUAAAAACAGAUCCAAUAUUCCCAAAUCCUUAACUGUCAUUGCCUUAUUUCAUCGACCUCCUCACACCUCCCUUUUUUGUAUUCUAGUUAUUAAUUCUCACAGCACAUCCGUCCCAUUUUUCAGAAUAUUCUGUCAUUAAAUUACCUUAAUCUAUUUUAACCUUAUCUUACUAUAAAAAAACCCUAAAACUUAAAACUUAAAUCUUAUUUAUACCAAUUUCUCAUAACCAUAACAUAUUCUUGCAUAGUUCUUUUUAACAUUUCUGCUAAAGCCAAAUAAUUUCGUUCCAACAUUUUUCUAAUACUCAUUAAUUUUACAAAACCAUCCUAAAUAAAAAAAAUUUUAAACUUUCUUCCGAUCUUCAUCCAACGUCUCUUCCUCCUGGUCCCGGGUUUUGUCAGUCCUUUCUAUCCCAUCCAUCUAGUUCAUUAACCUGGUAAUCUUAUGUCCGAGGCCCUUAAGUCUUCCCUUCCGCAGAUCUUCUUCAUAUUUAUACCUGUACUUUACUUUGUCUCCUGGUCCUUUCACUCGUGGAAACUCCAACUUGACAGUAUUUUUGUCCCUUCUCGACAGAUCAGCCCCUUUUCCAUAGUCCACACUGAACUCCAUGUGGUAUUUAAAAGCAUGUUUCAAGGUCCCUCCAGAGUUGAGGACCCCACAACCCCAAACUCCUCACGGCCCGUUGCCAGACUUGAAAAGUCAAGACAUCCCUGCAUAGGGGGUCUAUCCAGCCCCCCAUCUCCAAGCCAAACAAAACUCUAUCUCUCCAAAUCUGGCUUUUUCCAAGUUCAUUUGUCAGAUCCAACAACUCAUGUUCCUGCUGGGCCACAGCUCCCUCCAUCUCUGCCACCCGAGGUCCAGCAACAACCUCCUCCCUCAUCUGAUCUGUCAGAGCACACUCCUGAGUUGAUUCCUGGGUGGGUUCUAUAUAGAUACCCACUACCUGUCCAAAAUUUCUAAUCGCAACAGUCAUCAAAUCCGUCUUCUCAUGUAACUGUUCCAAUAAAGCACUUGUCUUGCAGAAAGCACACACCAGAGCCUCUGAAUACAUUGUUAUGCAAGGUCAGAAGUCUGUUCCCACGAUCUUGAUCUGUUUGCAGCUGCGAAGCUCCCCAGUUCAAAUUUAAUAACAGUUUCACAAGCUCCCUCUAGGGGAAGAACUUCUAUUUGUAUCAAUCUCUUUUCUUUUUCUUUUUUUUUAACAGCAGAUCUAACAACAAAGUUUCCUUUUUCAGAUAUUUUGUCAAUAUUUGUUCCUUUAAAAUGCGAAAGAGAACAAUGGAAUCACUAUGUUUCUCUUCUUUUAACUGUCUGUCAAAAACAUUUGUCUAUAGUCAAUGAACUUCCCAAAAACAUCUGUCCUGACACCCCGCUCCCAGGUUCAAGACGGUGGAAAAUUACUUUUCUUUACACUCUCUUCUGCAGGUUUAAACAAUCCAGAAAAAAUCCCCCCUCUUCUCCUGCUUCCGAAGGGGGUUCAGUAGUUUUAGAUGAUGAAAGUUGAUCCUUUACAAACGAUUUUCUAAACUCUAGUUUGCCAUGUCUUUGCUUUAAUCUAUCUACAAGAAACGGAAGGCUGACUUCCUGUUUAGACCUUCCCGCUUCAGUGCCAAAUUAAGAGGAAUUUCUUAAUCCAAUUUUCCGUUCUACUCACAGAUCGUUGUUUAAAGUCCAAUUGUCCAAAUUUGAUCUGCUCACGGGUAGUUGUUUUUGUAGCCAAAUUGUCCCAGGAAAAAGGUAGCGCUCUCCGGCAACGGCUGUGCGGAUUCGCUCCACGGAAGAAGCAGUUGACUCUCAGCACCGCGCCACUAGCCCCUCUUCGCUCCGGAGCCCAUAAUUGGGUUCCUUUAUGAAUUGGGGGGGGCGCGAAAGGUGCCCGCCGAGUCCCAUGGUCACAGGCUUCAUCCGCCUGUGAUUUUUUAAAGGGUCCCCGCUUCGCCGUAGCGAAACAGACCCGUUUUCCGUGGAGCCAGUCCCUCCGGAUCAGAGGGAAUCCGCCAUUACUGAUGGCGCCACCCCGGAAGUCCGGGACACAGUACUUAUCAAAGCCUUUAAUAUUCAAAAAGUCAUUUUCAUUGUUAUAUUCACAUACAUUUACAUUGUUAUAUAGAACAUCUUACACAUUCAUGAAAUGUACAGUGGUACCUCGGGUUACAGACGUUUCAGGUUACAUACGCUUCAAGUUACAGACUCUGCUAACCCAGAAAUAGUACCUCGGGUUAAGAACUUUGCUUCAGGGUGAGAACAGAAUUUGUGUGGCGGCGGCGCAGCGGCAGUGUCAGGCCCCAUUAGCUAAAGUGGUACCUCAGGUUAAGAACAGUUUCAGGUUAAGAACGGACCUCCAGAACAAAUUUAAUUCUUAACCCAAGGUACCACUGUACUAUUUAAAUGAAACUGAUUGAAUAUUAUUAGGAGCUCCUAAUAACAUUCACAGUCUCUCUCUUUACUACUACUGUUACUCAUUAGGCUUGUUUGAAUCACCCAGAUUAUAGUUAAUCCAGUUUAUAAAUUGUGGUGUUUUCUUUGUGACGAUUUCUUUUCAGAAUAUUUCGCAGAAAGACAAAACCAGCUUCACAGCGUGAACAGGUUUUCUUAAAAGUUAUUUGGAAUUAAACCUGGCAGAUUCCCCCAUUAAUCUACUGCAAUCCUUUAAAUACUGAAUCCUUUAAAUACUGAAAUGUGCCUAAAGUACUAACCAAAUUAAAUACCUAAUAUCUACAGUAUAUGGGGUUUUAUCUAAGGCUAGUCCUAUUCAGAGUAGACCCAUUGAAGUUAAUGAACAUGAGUACCUUAGUGGCGCUGUGGUCUAAACCACAGAGCCUAGGGCUUGCUGAUCUGAAGGCUGGCAGUUUGAAUCCCCGCGAAGGGGGUAAGCUCCUGUCGUUCGGUCCCAGCUCCUGCCAACCUAGCAGUUCGAAAGCAUGUCAAAGUGCAAAUAUAUAAAUAGGUACCGCUCUGGUGGGAAGGUAAACAGCAUUUCUGUGAGCUGCUCUGGUUCACCAGAAGCGGUUUAGUCAUGCUGGCCACAUAGUCCGGAAGCUGUCUGUGGACAAACACCGGCUUCCUUGGCCUAUAGAGCGAGAUGAGCGCCGCAACCCCAGAGUCGUCCGCAAUUGGACCUAACGGUCAGGGGUACCUUUACCUUUACCUUAGCUUCAUUAAUUUAAUUGAGUUUACUCUAUUGAAUACCAACAAGACACAGGAACGAGUUUCAUCUAGACACUGAUGAGGAGCUAGAGAAUAUGACAGAAGGCUUCUUCCACCCCAUUUUACAUAUGCAAAAUGAAGGCACAGGCAUGCCUUUGUUUCUGCAGCUAGCUGAAAUUUGAGGCAUGGUUUCCUUUUGAAGUCCUAUGCUCAAGCUACUAGAAGGCUGGACUAUGGUUUGGCAAUCUAUAGGCUUGCAUAUUUUAUUUUCAUCCUUGCCAUCAGCUGUGCCAAUUUUAGCCCUGAUUUCCUUGUUGAAUAUGCCACUGUGGCAUACAAAUUGGUGAAUUUGGGUUUGUGCUUCACAUCUGAAACCAGAACUGGAAUGCUCAAGUCUGAGAUUUGGCCAUUGGUAUGACCCAGUCUAAUCUCUCUCCAUAGUGGAUUAAGUGCAGAGGUACUGGUGGCUGCCUGCAAAUCAUGGUUUAGGUACACAUUCCUCGCCCAUCUCCCCUUUCAAAAUUUGCUUCAAAACACGCAUCUUCAAUUUGUGAUGGAUCCUACUAAACACACAAAUUGCAUCAGUGAGUGUGUAACACAAAAUCCAUGGCUAACACUGGGAAUGGAAGAGAUGAAGGAAAUUGCUCCAGAAAAUGAGGAAUGUGGAAGUAGUGUAUAUUCCAAAGGCUGGCCUCCAAUUUCAGUUUCCAAACCAUGGUUCACAGGGAACCAGUAUAUACCUACAACCCUGUAUAUUAGCCAUCCUAUUUCCCAUGCAGCACUGCUAUUGCCUGCUAUUCUGCAUUCUCUUUUUGGAGAAAAAGAAUGGGACAUCAUUCCUCAAAUGUGGAGCAGAAAUGCCACAAUAGUAGUGAGAUUACAGUAGAAGGUAUUUUCACUGGAUGAUAGAGGAAGAGGAAAUAUUUAAUUAUGGAGGCAUGACUUGGGUGGUGCUGAGGAAAAGCAGUGAAAAAUGCAGAGUUGCGGUAAAAAUAAGGAAGGUCAUCAAUGAAUUGUAGGUCAUUAUGAGAGCAGCAACCAUAAAUUAUUUGGGAUGUAUUUCUUGGUAAAGCUUUCAAACAAGUAUAUUUCUGUCUCCUUAUGCGAAAAGCCACCCUUUCCUUAAACAAUUUAAUUUGGAGCUACUCAGGAGUCAGACUGUUUUAUUGCCUUUUUAUAAUUUGUGAUGCAGCAUAUUUGCCUAGGGCCCUAGGCAGGGCAAAGAAGCAGAAUCAUUUAGCAAUCUAAUUUGUUCAAGAUUGCCCACAAUUCUCUGUACCUUGGACUUUCUAAAACAGUAAAUUCAAAUUGAAUUUAUUUCUGAAAUUCAAUCUAACAGGACUUGAACUUCAGAGCAGGACACAUUUUCCACAUCUGCUGAUGGGUUGUUUACUCUGUUGUACAGACUGGGUACUUUUUUGACCAUAUAUUUUACAAAGAAAUCUCUCUGUGUGUGGAGGUUCAACAUGUUCUAAUUUUUCUCCCUUCCCUCUUACAUUAGACAUUUGCUGAGCAAGUAUUUGGCAUGUUCAGUUGGACAAUCCCGAUUGCUGUUGCCUUGUCCUGCUUUGGUGGACUCAAUGCAUCUAUUUUGGCAUCAUCUAGGUAAAGCGUCUAAUUUUAGUAAUCUGUAAGGCUAUACCUACCCCAAAGAGAGAGAGGGGUGGGUGGGUGGGGGAGUUACCAUUGUAUGCUUGGUAUAAAUUGUACAGGCUUUCUGAAGAUGCUCAUGAUCUUUAUAUUCCUGGUUUCAGUGUUUGUCUUCAGGGUUGUUGUUUUUUGGUGUGUGUCCCCCCUUUAAAUCAACAGAUGUACUUUGUAACUAGCUGUAACAAAACUAACUAGUUGUAACUAGCUGUAACAAAAUACUCUGUAACAAACUAGCUGGGAUACAAAACUUCACUUCUGCAGUUUUAAGAGCAUAAACCAGGGGUCAGCAACCAUUUUUCAGCCAUGGGCAGGUCCACUGUCCCUCCGACCAUGUGGUGGGCCAGACUGUAUUUUGGAAAAAAAAAUAUGAACAAAUUCCUAUGCCCCACAAAUAACCCAGAGAUGCAUUUUAAACAAAAGCACACAUUCUACUCAUGUAAAAACACCAGGCAGGCCCCACAAAUAAUCCAGAGAUGCAUUUUAAAUAAAAGGACACUUUCUACUCAUGUAAAAACACACUGAUUCCCGGACCGUCUGCAGGCCAGAUUGAGAAGGCGAUUGGGCCGCAUCUGGCCCCCAGCCUUAGGUUGCCUACCCCUGGCAUAAACUGUCACAAAGGUACUCUUUCCUUACAUACCUUUUCGACUAUUGUUCUUAAAUUCAUCCUUCUACACAGAUAAACAUGCCUGUAGUCAGUUAUAACAGAUUCUAUUAAGGGUGCAGUUUCAGGAAAGGAAGCAGCUGUACACAGAGUUAGACCUCAGGUCCAUCUAGCUCAGUCUUGUCUUAUACUGACUAACAGCAGCUCUCUAGGGUUUCAGAUAGGAGUAUUUUCCCAGUCCUAUUUGGAGAUGUUGGGAGUGGAAUGUAGGAUUGUCUGCAUGCAAAGCAGGUGCUCUCCUUCUGAGCUAUGACCUUUCAAAAGAAUCUGCUUGAAUCUUGCACAGAAGUUUAGAAAAGGACAAAGGAGGAAAAUGCAGCUAUGAGUUGGGAGGAUUGAAGAGGCUGCCCCGUGUGCAGAAAACAAAAUUGGAACCAUUUUCAGGGUGGGUAGGAGGGAACAGAUACUUGUCGAGACCAAAGCCAGUUUCCUUUUGUUUCCAAUCUGAAAAUAAGCACCAUCUGCAUGAAUGUUGCUGCUCAUUCAACCAAGCAAAUACAUUUGUAUAAAAGGGAAGCAAAUGAUGUCUAGAUUCUGUGAUGCAUGAAAUCUUUCAUAACGGUUGCAGUCCUAGACUGUCUUGGCUAAUGCUUCAGAUCAGACUAGUUGAGCAUUGGCUUGGAUAAAAUAAAUCACAGGUUGAUGUAUUAGCUGCUGCUAUUUACUUAAUAUUAAAUAUAACUGUCUAAUCUGACAUCAUCAUCAUCAUCAUCAUCAUCAUUAUUAUUGGUAGGCUGUUCUUUGUUGGAUCCCGGGAGGGUCAUUUGCCUGACCUUUUGUCAAUGAUCCACAUAGGGAGAUUUACACCAGUCCCAGCGCUUCUCUUCAACGUAAGUUAACUACUGUGGCUUUUUAUACCCCUAUAAUGGAGUAACUAGAUAGACUUUUUAGUUACAGAUGUUUCACCUUGUAUAUACCUGAUGAAAUGUAGAAACUCUGAUGCUCCCUCAGUGUGGACGGUGGACAGAGCUAAUAGAACUUAUUAAAUUUCUUCAUUUUGUAACUCACCCUGUCCCUAUAAGUUAGAAUUGUAAAUUGAAACAACAUAUUCCCUGCUUAACCUCUGGAUAUUGAAUCUCAGCCCAAAUUAGAUUACGAUUUAAUUUAUGUGCUGCCUUUCCACAAAGGAAAUUGUGUUCAAGACUGCUCACAAUAUACAGUGAUCAUAACAGCUGUACUUUAAAAUUACCAAUAAGCAUUUCAUUAAUAAAUGGGGCGUGCCAUCGGGGGUGGGGGGGUGGGGGUUAAGCUUGGAGCUGCCAGGGGGUAGAUGUUGUAUCAUUGUGAUGUAGCCACUUAGCAUACCUUUCUGCAUGCCUUUGUUGUUCUGAACUGUGCCCAUGCAGCACAUUCUAAGAAUGGGCUGGCUGUGACUGAUGGGAGUUGGAGUCCAAAACAUCUGGAGGGCUACAGGUUUGAGGAUGCUGUGUUAUGGUGACACUACCAAAAAAAUGAGCAAAUGCUGCUAAUGACAGAGAAUUUUUUAAAAAAAAUGCCUCUCUUGAGGUUUUCAUGGUAUUCAUCUCCUUUUUCCUAACAGUGUACCAUGACUCUCAUAUACUUGACUGUAGAAGAUGUAUUCCAGCUUAUUAACUAUUUCAGCUUCAGCUAUUGGUUCUUUGUGGGACUAUCAAUUGCUGGGCAACUCUACCUCCGUUGGAAGCAACCAGAUCGGCACAGGCCACUCAAGGUGAGAAUGAUAACGGCUCAAAUUCUGUAGUUAAUACAUUCAGAGACAUUACACCAAUGCGCCGAGAUGAGUAGCCUUGCACUGUGUCAUUUGUUGCACUUUCUAGGUAGGCAGAAAGUGGUUCCAGAUUGGCAUAAGGUGGUUUCUGAUGAGAAUCUUAUGCUUGAAGAGAAUAAAAAAGUACAAAUUGAAGUGUGACUUGGCUGUUCUUGAUUCUAGUUCAUUUCUUCUCUUACAGUUGAGCCUGUUUUUCCCAAUAGUCUUCUGCAUAUGCUCAGUAUUUCUGGUGGUGGUGCCUCUCUAUAGUGACACCAUUAAUUCCCUGAUUGGCAUCGGCAUUGCACUCUCAGGGAUUCCAGUAUACUUUGUGGGAGUCUCCUUACCCGUUUCCAAAAGACCACCCUUUGUCAGCAAGAUUUUAGGUAAGGUAUUUUUUGGGGGGGGGGUUGUUUCUUUUAAUGAAUGAUUAAUAGAAGGAUCACAUAAGUUGUAAUUUCAGAAAACUUUUAAGUGGGUGAUAGUCAUUAAAAGAAAAGAGAAAAUGGUUGUGUAUUUUUUAUGCUUAUAUAUAACAAAUAUUGUUUUGUAGUACUUAGACCUCAUUCUAAGAAUGUAUUUACCACUGAUGCAGCUACCAGUCUCAUUUCAGUAAGCUAGUGAUUCUAACUGUUGCUGUGUAGGUAGUUACCUGGUUAAUUGUUUAUUUUACCUCUUGGGCAGGUGCUGUCACUCGAGCCACUCAGCUACUUUGCUACUGUGUUCUGACAGAAAUGGAUACUUUAGAAGAAAAACUAGAAACCAAAUCUAUAUAAAGAUGCAAAAGUGACUAAAAAGGUAAAACAAGAUGCUCAAGAAAUGAUGAAUUGACAGAAAACUUCACUGGAAUCUGGAAUUCUUACUAAACUUGGAUUCUUGCCAGAUCAUACUGUGUCAUGAUCUAGUGUUUGUUAUUUUUUUUUAUAAACUGUGAUUGAAAAGCCAGUCUUCUCAGGCAUAGAACUUGCUAUGAUUUUCAUCUACAGAUUCUAAACUUUUCUUUAAUAGUGAAAUUGAGUGUUGUAUUCUAGAGCUCAGAAAUAGGCAGCCCAGCAACAGGCUUGAUACAAAUUCCCAAUGGCUGGAGUUUGAAAGGCACCGAUAAUUCUCCCAAUUUAUCAACAGUUCAGCUGUUUUGUGUGAAGUAGUCCUUUGUAGAUCAAUGUUAAUGACAAACUAUUGCAUAAGAGGAGUUGAAUUUGUCACUAAAGAUCCAGGGACUGGUUCCUUCACCUAUAGGACACCGGAUGGCAGUUAAUGCCCUGAAGCUGCUGUUCUCUCCUUCACAUUAAAGUUUAGCUUUUUAUUAUUAAACAAAGUAAAACUUUUAAGCUUUAGGAAAAGCUGGUAAGUUUUUGUUUUGGGCAAUUCAGAUUAGAACCCGCACAAGUUAAUACAAGCUUGCUCCAUCAUCCAUGAAUAACAUGUAAUUGAAGAUGGCAAUCGUAUCUCCUCUGAAUCUCCCCUUAAACAGGCUAAAUGUACCAAACUGGCCUCAUAAGGCUUGGUUUCCAAACCCUUGGCCAUCUUGGUUGCCCUCCUGUGCACAUGUUCCAGCUUGUCAAUAUCCUUUAGCCUGAUAAUUUGGUAAACUGAUUCUCAAAGAAGCUGGAUGAUCUACGGUUAUUCUUGCCUUUCUUUCUAUGUAAGAAUGUUUCACUGAACUUUGCUGUACCAAAAAAAUCAAGGAGCUUUGUAUUAGAACUCACUAAAGGACAAAAUAGAGAAGCAAGCCUCUCAAUUAGUUUGAUCCCCCACCCUUUAUGGAAUUUAUGUUUUUAGACUUAAUGCUGUUCAAUACUGAAUUUGUUUGCAUGAUUGGUUUACAGGCUUGGGGAGGUCAGUUCAGCUGGGAAUGCUUUGAGAUAAAACUAAGGAUGCAAUACCCACUUACCCAAAUGUAAGUCUAAUGAGGCUUACUUAUGAGUAGACACUCUGCUAUGAAGCUGAAAUUCUAUGCACUCGUAUCUGGACGUAUGCUUUGUUGAACAUAGUAGGACCGAUGAGUAAAUACUCAUAUCAUUGCACUGUUCAUCUUUUUUACCUGUUGGUGUUUUAAGCUGGAGAACAGGUUCAUUAAUGGUAUGACCUUUCCUUUUCUUUGGGAGUAAUCCAGCAGAUGGUAGCAAUUGGGACAACAGCCAUUACAAGCAGCUGCUGCUGCUGCUGCUACCACCUCCUUGUCCUCUCAUGCUGCUUGGGGCCAGCUGCUCAGUUUGGACAUGGCAGGAACUGAAACAAGGAACUCCUUCAGCAGCAGCAUGCUCACCAAACUGUGCACAGCAACUGCUGCAAUCGCCUCUUCUCUCACCUUAUGAUGUCGGAGUCUGGUUGCUAAGUUUAGUGGUGGCAGAGACCACACUGAGCUCCACACCCUCCAGUGGCAGCUACCUGGGCCAGUCUUCCCAGCAACAGUGGUGGUGGGUGUCACCUCUCUCCUUGUGACCCACAUGUUUAGUAGUAGCAGGAACCACAUCAAAACUUCUCACCAAUAGCUUCCUGGGCCAGUGUGCCCAGUUGCCCAGCUUGUAGUGUAGUUGCAGAAGCAGCUGCUUUCUCUCUCAUUCCCAAUGUUAUCUUCUCAGUGUAUCAGUGGAGUGUGUGUGCCACUAGCAGUCUUAACUUCCAGCAAGAACUGAGACUGGCUGGCUGGGAUAAUUGCGGGAAGGCACAUCACAUGUCAGGGGCUGGCUAUGGGAGAGUUGCAGAGGGCCUUCCAUGCAACCUUGCUAACCUGUCCUGCUCCUGAAGGCAAGUAUCCUACAAAGGAUAAAGAGGAUGUCUGUAUUGUCCACCCCCUCCAACCCACCCACUGCUCACCCAUCCCUGCCUGCAAACUGCCAUACUUACAGGGGUUUCCUAGUGUUAAAUAAUAGAAAUAUAUGCAAUUGCUGAGGCAAAAACCAAAGGGUUUUGUUUAGAAGUCCUUUGUUACACAGUUUCUGGUUACUUCUACAUGGCUAGUUGAACAAAACCCUAUCUGCAUUUGUUAAAUAAUAAAAAUCCCAGAACUUGACAUCGUUGUCUAAAUAUUAGUUUGAAUACUGUAGUGCACAGCCCUAUAAGAGGGCAACUAUAUUGCUGCAGCUUGAGGAAAAAUACUGAAAUCUCUCAAUUCAGAUGUCUUAUUUGUGACUAAAGGACUUGAACCUGCAUUAAUAGGCAUGUGAUUGUGAAAAAAGUGGGGCUUUCCUGCACUGCAGAUUUUAAUGGUUUAGUGUCACAGCUGGAUUUAUAAUCUGGUCCAUUUAUCCAGAUAUUCCUUUGGUGUUUAUUUUUUUACCUGCAGAAAAUGUGAGAAGUGCUUUGAAGAAGUCCAUUCUUUAGAUUUAACAUAAUGAUUCAAAAUGGACAGUAAACCCAAAAUUGGAACAACCCAUCUAUCCUAUUGCUUCUUUAGUAGGUUUGAAACUGGAAUAAAGCAUUUACUUUUAUUUUCAAUAAACAGUGACCUAUUUGAAACUGUAAAAACAUAAUCCUUAAAAGCACAUACUUUUAUUUUAUUCCCGUGUGUAAAUUUGGCAUUCCUUUGUAAAGUUUUCUCUAGGUUAUUACACUCCCAACAUACUGUUAAAAAGACUGCAAAGGAUAGCUCCUGAUCUGUCCAACUGAUUGUUAAUAACAAUGGCUGCUUUUAUAUGAUGUCAAUGUGUGCUGGAACUUUGUGGGAGGAGGAUGAAACUUCCACUAUGUGGGAAUAAAACGGUGAGACUCUGAUA